GGCCUGAAACUGGGCGUGUUUACUCGCGUGUAAAAAGGGCUGGCGUGGAAGGACCCUCUUUUUUUGUGAGGGGGGGGACGGGACACCAGCGGGGCUGCGACGGGGCUUCUCCCCCCACCCCACAUACUCACCCCCCUCACAGGUGUGCAAAGCGCCUCCCUCUCCUCUUGGCGUGGCUGCCCCGUUUUGAAGUGAAUACGGUUCCCCGGUAGGCAGUGAGGGGAUGAUUUCUUUGGGGGGGGCGAUUAAAAAAAUAAAAUUGCAAGUGCGAAGUUAAGGGGGGGCGCGCGGGAAGAAGCCAACGGCCCCCCUCACAAGGCUCCUCUGGGCCAGGCGCCCUCAUUGGCCUCGCCAGCGGCCCUGCUGGCCCAAGUUCCCGCGCUUUUCUCCUCAGGGGAAGCCGCGCGCCGCCUCUUCCUCGGUCGCCUCCCUCAGGCGGCGGCUCUGGCGGCCCAUUGCCGGGGCCGGCAAAGUCCCAUUGCAGCCGCUGGGGCUUACUCCCGAAUAGCCACGUUAAUAUCCCUGAGGGAGAGAGGGAGGAAAGCGGGUGUGGUGUUAAUGUGGCCGCAGCUACAUAUGGACGAGCUUUGAAGGCAAGCGAGCAUAAGCGGCUAGCCUGCCCAAAAAGGAAAAAAAAAGAGAGAGAGAGGCUUAUUCGGCUGCUGGCAGAGAAUAAGCGGCCAGGGCCACGGCCUGCAGUUGGCGAAGCCCAAUAGAGAUGCCAACUUUGCCAACCCCCUCAAAAAAAACCCACACCCCAAACACUUGGUAAAAUAAAAAUCUGGUCUGGUUCACUGAGCAGCAUUGGAUAUUGGAUGGCUCGUUCUGGUCAUAGAAUCAGUUGGAAAGGGAUCCCCAAGGGUCAUUAGUCCAACCCUCUGCAAUGCCGGAAUCUCAAAUUACUGUAUUUUUCGCCCUAUAGGAUGCACCGGCCCAUAGGACGCACCUAGUUUUUGGGGGGGGAAAUCAAGGAAAAAAUUUUUAUUUCCCCCCCAGGUUUGCGCAGCCAUCCCCAAGCUAGAAGAGGGAGACGGAGCCCCCCCCCCGCCAGCCUCCAGAUCAGGUCGGGGAAUAGCGGGGUGGCGGCACUGCGCCUCCCCGCUGUCCCCCGAGCUUUUGGGCUGCAGGCUGCUGCCUGCAAGCCUUGCGAGCCCGCGGGACAUCCCGCCGGGCUUGCAAGACUUGCGGAUAGCUUCCUGAAGCCUGGAGCAGAGGGGCCGGUGCGCACCGACCCUCUCGCUCUCCAGGCUUCAGCGAAGCCUGCAUUCGCCCCAUAGGACGCACACACAUUUCCCCUUCAUUUUUGGAGGGGAAAAAGUGUGUCCUAUAGGGCGAAAAAUACAGUAGUUCAUACAUGACAGGCGGCCACCCAACUUCUGCAUAAAAACCUCCCAAGGAAGGAGAAUCCGUCACCACUUUUAUUUCCCACAGUGACAUAGGAGCCAACUCCUAGGGGCCAAAAUAAGAUACUUGAGGGGUGGCCGUGGCCCCCAAAGUUAAUGGGCAUUGCCAUUCAAAUGGUGUGUGUGCGCGCUGUGUCAUGCAAUCAGUUGUGCAGGGCCGGGCUUACCUCCCCCCCCCGCCUGUAUUUUAUUCAAUGCUUGGAGGCAUUGUGGGGAAAUGUAAAUGGUGAUCCCCAGCUCUGCUGCUGCUUUCCAUUGCUGCCUGGGUAGCUUGCCAGGGUGUACUACUGACAAGAUAAUGUAUUGAUUCAGGAAGAUUUCACCCUGGGGUUUCCUCAGCCAGCAGUAUGGAGUGUUCUGUAGAACACUUCCUGCAGUAACCUGCAUUUCUCUGCACGGUGUAGGGGAGCAGACUUCCCCCUGCCAGAUUAUCUACUGGUUGUGUAUGGGACAGGGGAACCAUUCCACCCUUCCUCUGCCACCCUGCUCACUUGCUUGCAUGGAAUUAUUGGUUGUCUCUUGCUACUAGGCCAGGGGUCAGCAAUCUUUUUCAGCCGUGGGCUGGUCUACUGUCCCUGAUAUCAUGUGGUGGGCCGGACUAUAUUUUUUUGGGGGAAAUGAACGAAUUCCUAUGCCCCACAAAUAACCCAGAGCUGCACUUUAAAUAAAAGCACACAUUCUACCCAUGUAAAAACACCAGGCAGGCCCCACAAACAACCCAGAGCUGCAUUUUAAAUAAAAGGACACGUUCUACUCAUGUAAAAGCACGCUGAUUCCCGGACCGUCCAUGAGCUGGAUUUAGAAGGUGAUUGGGCCAGAUGUGGCCCACGGGCCUUAGGUUGUCUACCCCUGUACUAGACUAAUAUGACAUACAAGACUGCUAUAGGCCUAGUCAGACUUAGGGCUCCUGUACCCUUGUUAGGUGUAUAGAAGAGGGAAUUUCAUGACUGUGUAGGUUGUCACGAAAGGUUUUCAUAUACUGUACAGUAUAUACUUAAAUGCUGGCUCUUUAAGAGCUUGGAGGUGUUGCUUCAAGGCAAGUAGUGUGUGUCAUACUCAUUUCCUGCUCUCCAAGGAGCUUAUAUUUGCAGUCUUCGUGUACACGUCUGUCCUCUUGCAGACAUCUGUCCCACUGGUCUUGGAACUGUUUAAAAUGGUGAAUGAUAGCACACAUCAACAUAUAGUCAGCAGGAGCAUCAUUCCAUCUAAAGCUGAUUCUGCUGAUCUGGUGCCUGUCAGCUGGGCAGGGCAACAAGGCCACCCACAGUUAAGAGGAGAUACCUGCAUAGUUGGGAGUCCCCAGGUAUGUUGGAAAGUAGUAAGUUAGUAAAUUAAAAGAAAAACAGCCACUGAAAAUGGACUGGCACAUCAUGCUCAGUGGCUUUUAAAGUCAAAUGUUGAGAGAAAAUGGGGAUGUGAGGGAAUUACUUGAGCCCCUAAAAAGUUCAUUGUACCCUGGUGCUGGGGAAAAGGCUGCAAAGUUAAAGAACUUAUCUCCAUGCACUAUAUGGUGAGGUUUCAGGAGGAGAAAGGGUGCUGGUUCCCACACUAAAAGGCUCCCCUCUGCCUUCUAUAUAACACAUUCAGGUUCAGAAUCAGAACUGAGCACAAUGGGGGAGGGUUUUUUGGGGGGUAGGUAGCGAAGAUAGCUUUCCUUGCCACACUGUUACCAGUUUUAGCCUUUGCUAACAAGGCUCCUGUUCGAGGCUGGUUGUUAGGGGCUAGUGGGGAAUGUCCUGCAACAUUAAUAUGACAUAGGAAAGGAGAGCUGAAAUAUUGUAAAAUGUAAUGAAUGCUGUAAGUUAAUAAACUGCAUCCCAAGUGCAGCACUUUACAUUUAUCUCAUUUGCAAACAGGUGGAUGUGGGUGUGUUGUCAGCCUUUUGAGCAGUGGUGGUGGUGGGGGACUGCUCUUGUACUUUUAAUAACAACCUGACACAGUUAUUUAGUAAGUGAAACUUCUGUGGAUCGGCCUGCAAAGGAAGCAAAAAGACUAGAUAUAUCAACAAUUUCUUUAAUUUUGAAGACUAUUUAUAUUUGUAAUGUGUAACUUUUGGUAUAUUUUGCUGAUCUGCAGGUGCAAAGUAAGAUGCCUCAAUAAACAAAAUGAGCGCGUUUGGUGAUUUUGAUUCACAGAUUAAAGUUGAUGUCAAGAAUCGCUUCAGCAGAGGUAACCUUAAUGGUGUAAUUCAGUCUAUUAUUUUUGUUUUAGCUAAAGAUUAGUUUUCAGAAAGCAGAAACUCCAUUUCUUUAUUUUUAUGAUUAAAGAAUGAUAGAAUUGUUCCCUGAAUGUUGUGUGGUCAUUGUUUUUCCCCAUUUUGAUCUUUUGCAGUGUUUUGGGGUUUUAGUAUUUUCAAAUGUUCUGCUGGUGGCAGUGAUCCCUUCCAUAGUACAACAAUUAUUUAAGAGAAGUUUGGGAAGUUAUUAUCUUGCCAGCAACAGUAACAUUGUGAAGGGGUUUCUUAAAUUUUUCUCUCCCCCCACACAAAUUUUGUUGGCAAUAUACAGUACAGGCUGAUGAUUGAUCUGCCACUGCCAUCUUUUGGAUAGAAACAGAUUUGCUAAAUAAAUACUGCAGUUUUUGCCCUCUUGUGGACUGGCAUUUAUUUUAUUUUAUUUUAUUUUAUAAAAAACCCAAACACUGUAGUCCUUAAGCCACUUUUUCAUAAAGGAGAUUAUUUUAGAAAAAAUUGUUUCUCUAUUAUCCAUUAUUUUCCUUCAUUAUUUUUCUGCACAGAAAAUAUACUUUUGAAAUGUGGAUUUGAUGUACACUGUAUAAAUGGUUUAGUUAUAGUUUUAUCCUGAAUUAAUUAAAUCAUCUUUAAAUGGUCUUUUAUCUCAUAAUUCUUUUUCUAUCUCCAGAUCAUGGAGUUUUUAGAGAAUUUAUUUAGGAAAAUUAUUGUAACUGUAGAAAUAGUUUUACUGACAUGCUUAAUUCAUUUUGUAAUUAUCAGGUUUUAAAUCACUCAUUUUAAAGAAUAUUUUCAUGUAAGUGCAACUGAUGUUAGUGAGGAGAGUUAAGUUUGUCUUGCUGCUUCCAACUGAAAUUAAGGAGAUUUGAAACAUUUGGCUGGAAAGUACUUAGUCUGGAGUAGGUGUGUAGAUCUUAUUUUUUUAAAAAAAAAUUCUGCCUGCAGCAGGAAUUAGGGAUGGGUGCUAGAUCAGUAUAAUGACCUAAACUUGUUUGAAGUUCAUAUUGUCAUAUUGGUUUCAUAAUUUUUGACCUGGAAAUAUAUCAUGAAUCAUGGUGUGUGUUUGUCAUGCAGGGAAAAACGGUAAAGCCAGCCAAUGCCUCUACAUAGCUCCAUCCUUAUUUUAGACUUUGUGAUAUGUCAGUAUCUUGCAGUGUUUAGCUGGUGAUAUAUCAAGAUGUUGAAAACCAGAUAUCACCCAGCCCUAGCAGGAAUCCUACUGAAGUGAGGGAAAAGAAAACAAUACUGGGUUUAAAACAGCCUAAUAUUUUGUUAGCUACAGCGUCAAUGAAUUUGGUUGCCUAAGGACAGGAGCACACAUGGUGUUGAGAGCCUGCCUGUUUGACAGAAGAACCUCAGCCUAUAGUUGGGGAACCUGGGAAAAGUGGAAUGGCAUAAAAUGUCACUCAAGUGCUACAGGAGGAAGACAGCUCUUUUAACUCCACUGCCAAACAACUGAACGCCGUUUCACUAGUGCAGCUGCAUUGAUUAGUUGGGGAAGUGUGAAUGAAUAUCCUUCAGCCAAAUGUCAUUGUCCAUGUUUGAGGGGUGAACAUUGCCUGGCCAAUAGAGAUCAGGAAGCUUGUGAGAACUGUCCAAAUGCUGAAUCAUCCCAUUGCCACAGAUAUUUAUGAAGAAGUGCAAUGGCCUGUUUGCUUUUCUCCACUCCUUUGAGGCAAUGUGCCCCCCACCCUACCAUUCCAUUUUCUCUAACAUCUCACACCAGAUUAUGCAGUUGCCAGGAAACUGCCAUAGGCACUAGUCCAAAUUGUGCAACACUGCCAAAGGAGAGGUUAUGGCUUCAACCUGGGUGCUUUGUCCAGAUUUUAGCAUGUGCAGAUCCACAAGAACAUGGCAGAACUAGUUGCAACAAAAUAAUAGAGACAGGUCACCAACUUAAUAGGCUGAUGAUCACCAGCUUUUCAUUGCUCUAGAUUUUGCUUAUAUUCCCAUGCCACAAAGGAUAUGGCCACAAUCCAAAAUAAAUAGGUGCUGAGCUUGCCUGCUGAGGCUCAGAAAUACAAUCCCCAAGUGUAAAACUGCAGUAACUGUUGAAUGAGAAAGGGGGGAGGAUCCAUUGAUGGGAGAGAGAGAGAGAAUUUCUGGCAGCUGACAAUGGGCAUGGGCUGGAAAGAGGAAAGGCCAGCAAAUAAAUGUUGUUGUUAAUAUAAUAGUUCACUAGCUGCCUAAUACCAUCCAUCUGUACACAAUCUACAUCAAAUUGAAAACACACAAAUGUUAACACUACACUGCAUCUGGUUGAGUUUUGACCUAAUAUGUUGAGUGAGCUCAUUAUGGGUUGGUGCAUAUGCCCCCAAAGGUUAAUGCCCUCAGGCAUCCCUCAGAAGAGAUAACUAAGGUGGUAAAAGGAUGAGAAAUAAGACGACUGUCUUUACUGCUGGAACUGCCUGCGAAACUCAUGGCACUCAAAUAAGCAAGCCAGGAACACAAAAGUUAGCAGCCACAGAAGGUGGUGAACUCUUCUUCAUUGGAGUUUUUUAAACAAAAGUUGGAUGGCCAUCUAUGAGGGAUUCUUUAGCUAUGAUUCCUGCAUUGUAGGGGGUUGUGAUCCCCUCCAACUCCACAAUUCUUUGAUUCUAUGUGCAGUCUGUCCUAUUGGACUUGACAGUGCACCAGCCUUGUUCCUGUGUGGCCAGUAGCAGGUGCAUUUCCAAAGAAAGCCUUUGGCUUAACUCUAAAAGGAGAUAACAUCCAAAGAGAUAGUAAUUGUCUUAGGAGUGAGACUGCUCACUAAAGGGAGACCAAAUGUAGCAGUAGAAAUGGCUCAGAGACCGACCAUUUCCCCACAGUGUGCCACAGGAUUACAAAAAGGCAUUAAGAACUGAAACGCUGCAGUAUAGGAAUGCGGAAUACUUGUACUAUCUGUGCAAGUGCCUGUUGAAUCAGGCCAGUGGUCCAUCUAGUCCAGCAUCUUGUUCUCACAGCUGCCAACCAGGGGCACUGAGUUUUAUUCUUAAGGUUGAGUUUUAAGAAAGGUUUAAGAACCCUUUCAAAAAGAGAUCUAGACUGCAGCUUGUACCAGGUUCUGAAGAGCAGAACCUUUCUUGCUGACAGCAAGAUUGGUAUAGUGGAUAUAUCCUGUGUUCAUAUUUUGUAUGUGGCAGGGACUCUCUGAGCGUAGAAAACAUAAAAUUACUUAUCUAGGUCUUACUCAAAGGUUGAGGUGCAGUGAUUGGUCAAUCAUAACUCUAAGGUCAGGAUCCACCAGUAAAGAUGAAACAAAAGUUGUAUGAUAAUGCAGGUAUUUGGCAGAGAGUACAUCUUGCUUCAGGGACGCGGGUGGCGCUGUGGGUUAAACCACAGCGCCUAGGACUUGCCGAUCAGAAGGUCAGUGGUUCGAAUCCCCGCGACGGGGUGAGCUCCCAUUGCUCGGUCCCUGCUCCUGCCAACCUAGCAAUUCGAAAGCACGUCAAAGUGCAAGUAGAUAAAUAGGUACUGCUCCGUUGGGAAGGUAAACGGCGUUUCCUUGGGCUGCUCUGGUUCGCCAGAAGCAGCUUAGUCAUGCUGGCCACAUGACUCAGAAGCUGUACGCCGGCUCCCUUGGCCAAUAAAGCGAGAUGAGCGCCGCAACCCCAGAGUCGGCCAUGACUGGACCUAAUGGUCUGGGGUCCCUUUACCUUUACUUGACAUCUUGCUUUAGUUCCCUGACUGGCUAUAUAUUCACAUAUAGACUUGAGUAGGCUGCUAUUUCUUAGACUCAGUUCUUCCGUGGGGCAGCUAUUUAAUGACUUCAAACAAAUAUUGAAGGUGCUAUGUGUAAAUGCCAUUGGAUUGAGGAAACGUGUACAUCCAGGGGGACCUUGGACCCUUCUUUUAAGGAGUACCCAGCAAUAUAUACUAACACCCUUUUUAUUUUGGGUUGUUCCUGUACUCAAAGGAGGAACACUGUCUUGCAGGUGCAUAGUUAUCUAUCUUACCACUUCUGGCUUGAAUGCUUUUUAUUUUCUGGCUAUUUUCAGACACUACAAUGUAGACUUUACAUAGUAUUUAGUUGCUUAGUGUUAGGUUUUGGCAGCAUUGAUCUUGGCGGAUACCUAGAGGCGUCAGUUGCCUCUGAUCCUAGUAUAGCUCCUGCACUGAGAGGGAAGACUUCAAAUGUUGUACUUCAUUCUUGGCACUUUUUUCAUUCAGUUACAUAGUACUUUCCAUCUAUAAAUUUCAGUGGACUUCACUACUAUUAACAACUUAACAUUUAUUCUUCAAUAAAAUUUGCAUUUUAAUUAAAACAGUAUAUUUAUAAUAAACGAUUUUUUUUUGUUUUACUAUUUUGUUUUACUUUAUUUUGUCUCAAAUGCAUUUCUUGUGUUGUAGACUAGAGAUGCAUGUGUUGCAACCUUAGAAAAUUUGGCUUUCCCAUUUUCACUGCUUUUCAGAUUCUUUAUUCACAUUUUUAAUGUACAAAAACACAUGAAGCUGAUUCGUGUUCUUGGUAUUAAAGGAAGCUCAGUCUACAUGUUAAUAUAUCGUUUCGAUUUUAUGUUCUUUCCUAUGCAUCAUAAAGUGCUUUAAAAUAAACUGGAAUGUGAUAAAGGAGACCCCAUCAAAGGAAUGGUUUUCUUUGCUUUUAAUUUUGAGGAUUAUUAUUUUCUUACUACUGUCACUCUGAAGAUGCUUACUUUGUGGACUCUUUUCUGUAAAGUUUGAAAAACUUCAUUUGCUGAUUUAAUUUAGUGUGCUCCUCUGUAUCCUCUCUUACUGACUCAAGGCUUUUACAAUAUCUGAGGUUACAGAUAGUCUCUGUAUCCUAUGCAACCCAUGAUUGUAGCUUUUGGGUGUACUGUAGGGAACUGCCUUUAAAACAUGACAAAAGUUACUGACUAUAAUGUUACAAUUCAGACACUAAUCCAGAUAGCUUACUUGAUGGAAUAAAGUUAAUCCGUUCCAUGUUAGAAAUGCUGCUUACAGCCUCUGAAGGAUGUAACAAAUACCCCAUGCCUAAACUCCACAGGGUUCCCAACUUCCUAAAAGUAUAGAACAACAAGCACUUGACUGGGUGGUUCUGAGGCAGGAGCAAGGCUUUAUUUUGUUCUCUCCCCGAAAGCAGCUGGAGUAAGUGGAGGAGAAUUAUAAUUGUCUAGAACUCCUCAGUCAGUGGUAAUUUUGGAGCAGCAUGAAAUGUAAUAGGAAGACAGACUCAACGGUCACAGUUAAUAUGGGGGAGGAGAGGAGUCUACCCUUGCAGUAGUGUAGGCAUUAAUUGGAGGAACUUAAUUGUAACUGAAAAUAAACCAGAGGGAAUAGUAUUUCAUUGUCAAUGGCAAAGGUUACGUGACCUUUCCCAUCUAUAAUAUAUGCUAACAAACUCGGUUAAGGUCUAAUGUGUCAGGCAACCUGAUCCUAUGGUGCCUUUUUCAGCUGCUGCUGGGGCAGCACAAGCAGGAUUCUAUUGUUUUCAUGCUCAGCAUCUGUGUGGUACAUCAAGUCAGUCUUCACAGUCUUGCUUUCGUUUGGAAGACUGAAAAGGCCUUUUCAAGAGAACUAUUCUAGCUCUGUUUGCACCUUCAAAACAUGUUCACUGAAUACAGGGGACGUGGGAUUCCGUGCUUGCCAUCUCGGCUCCCAAGCUCCAUAAGCAGAAGGUAUGAGUUAGGCCCCAUAUACAUUUAACAGUACAGGAGUGGACUCAGUACAGAUUGAGGUUGAAUCCUGACAAGACAGAAGUACUGUUUUGGGGGGACAGGAGGUGGGCAGGUGUGGAGGACUCCCUGGUCCUGAAUGGGGUAACUGUGCCCCUGAAGGACCAGGUGUGCAGCCUGGAAGUCAUUUUGAACUCACAGCUGUCCAUGGAGGCGCAGGUCAAUUCUGUGUCCAGGGCAGCUGUUUACCAGCUCCAUCUGGUAUGCAGGCUAAGACCCUAUCUGUCUCACGAGAGUGGUGCAUGCUCUAGUUAUCUCUUGCUUGGACUACUGCAAUACGCUCUAUGUGGGGCUACCUUUGAAGGUGACCCGGAAACUACAACUAAUCCAGAAUGCGGCAGCUGGACUGGUGACUGGGAGCGGCCGCCGAGACCACAUAACACCGGUCUUAAAAGACCUACAUUGGCUCCCAGUACGUUUCCAAGCACAAUUCAAAGUGUUGGUGCUGACCUUUAAAGCCCUAAACGGCCUUGGUCCAGUAUACCUGAAGGAGCGUCUCCACCCCCAUAGUUCUGCCUGGACACUGAGGUCCAGUGCCGAGGGCCUUCUAGUAGUUACCUCGCUGCGAGAAGCCAAGUUACAGGGAACCAGGCAGAGGGCCUUCUCGGUAGUGGCACCCCCCUCCCAUGGAAUGCUCUCCCACCAGAUGUCAAAGAGAAUAACAACUAACAGACUUUUAGAAGACAUCUGAAGGCAGCCCUGUUUAGGGAAGCUUUUAAUGUUUAACAGACUACUGUGUUUUAAUAUUUUGUUGGGCGGGGUAAAAAUUAAUUAUUAUGAUUAUUAUUAUUAUUAUUAUACACACAAUUGGGAUCUCCUGUCUUUUGAUUUGUGCUCUGCAAAUAACAUGGAUACUGUUCUGAAAUAUUUUAUCACUCUUAAGUUAUUAAAGGCAUUUUGCUAUUUUUAAUCUUAUAGAAAUUAUUAAGCAAAGAUCAAUCUUCAUUCCUCUCCCUCCCUCCCUCCUUCCCUCUCCCUCACUGCUUUCUUCCAGUUGUGAUGUUUUGUUUUUUCAUAGUUCAAGAGGAGGUAGAAAAUUGCUUCCCAUUCCCUAUUCCCAAUCACCCUUCUCAAUUGGUUUUUUGCCAGAAUUCACUCAAUGGACCUAUUUUUUAAAAGAUUUGAAUGGGAAAUCAGCUUAGGGGUGUGGAUUUGGAGUAGGGAAAUGGUGGUGUUUCCCCAACUGUUUCUCUGUUCAAAAUCACUUGCAAAGCUUUUUUGUUUAAUCAAAAUACAGUUUUCUUUGACACAAGCUUGCAUGUAGUGUGUAGUUUGCCAGACUAAAUUAGAAUGCUAACUCUCUGAAAAUUGGGUGGGGGUGGGGGGGUGGGGACGACACCUUGAGUGUUGGGAUUUCUGAAACUAGUCUUUAAACUAGUCUUUAAAGAAUUUAAAGACUUUGUAGUUCAGAUGGUCUCUUUCAUUUGAGUGCCAUCAAGGUUGAGUGGAGUUUGUUUUAAGCAGUGUGCUGCUUAAACAGCCUGUAGGCAUAGUGUUGAGUUCCUUCCUUGAUUUCACUUAGUUUUGGUAAUGCAGAAAUUCUUUUCUUCCCUCUAGGGAAGUGGCAGACUUCUUUGAGAGGUAUACAUGGAAUGAGUGAAAUCAUUGCUUUUCUUGGCCUCUUGGGAAGUAUAUAGGUAUAUUAGAAAGUUAUAAUGAAGAAAUGGAAAAAGGGAUUUCCUCAUUGGUUUCCAUGUUCAUUUACUACUAAGAUGUCAUAUACAGUAAAGUGCAUUUUAAGUCUCUUUUUGCCAACUAUCCAGAAGCUGUUUGUGAAUAUGGCCUUAUUUUCAAAAGUAAGUCAUAGUUCCCUUGGGUCUCUUGCUUUUUGUUUUUUUAAUUUAUCGUUGCAAGACCUUAGACUCUCUGGUGCUAACAGAACUGGUAUUGAUAGUAAAUAUAAUUUACUGUUUGGAUAUCUGUUUAAGUUGCCUUAAACCUCAGCACAUAGCAAAUUCAAGUGGAGCACUUAGCAUGAGAAUUCCUGUGGUAAAUAACUUUGUAAAGCACCAUGUGCAGUGAUAGAAAUGCUCUGUCUUUCCCUCUCUAAAGCACACACAUACGCCUUCUUUAUGAAAAAGACAAUGAGUGGCAUUCAACUAAGUUUACUCAGAGUAGACAUAUUGAAAUUAAUUCACCCAACUUAGUCAUAUUAAUUUCAGUGCGCCUUCUCAGAGUAAAACUCAGUUCACUACUAUCCCAUGUUAAUUUUUAAUAUGUUAAUUUUUUUAGAUUUCACCUGUAGCAAAGGAGGGUAUCUGAUAGCUCCCUUGUUGAGAAUAUAUAAAGGAAAAGUUUUUACAGGUGAUGGAUAGUUUAAGCUCUCUGAGGUGAUAGAAAAUACAUUUUUGAGAACAUUACUGUGCAUCCUCUGUGGUGCUUAGUUGAAUACCAAAGUUUGGAUUCUCAGCCCUAAAGUUCAGGUGCAUAAAACUGACAGUGUCAAAUGACAGACUCCUUAAAAAUGCCUAGUGGAGCAGCUGCAAAUUAGUAGCAGAGCUAAACAAUGCAAAUCUCUAAUGGCUAAUUAACAUAUUUCCCUGGACCAGUUGCAGAUUACUGAGACUGUUGAGAGACAGGUAAAAGAUCACAUUUGGAGAAUAUGUUUACUAAAACAUGGAGGUCAUAAUGCUAAACCGAUUUUCACUAUAGUGUUGCUUUUUAUAUAAAGCAUCGACAUCCUCUUUAUAUGGCUGAAAUGCUAGCGUAAGAUGUUCUUAAUGUUAUUCAUUCAGAUUUUCUGGAUAAUUGAAAAGCCAACUGUGUUUGGGCUUAUUAGCCUUCUUCAGUGGCCUUGGCUUUUUUCAGCAUCCUUUAUGCUGAGUUCAGAUUAUCCAAAAACACACACAUUCCUUUGGGGAAAAUAUGUGUAAUGAAAAACCAAAUCAGCCAAUUUUUUUUGAAUUGUUAAACUAAAAGCUAUCUUCUGCUCACCAAAUUAUAUCCCAAUAUCACCCUUGCUUGUGUCAAGAUCAAAAGUAAUUAUAUCCAGAUUGCAAGAAUUUGCAAUCAUCUGUUAAAAAAACAACAUCUAAUCUUAUCUCAAUUUAUAAAUGUAUAUAUUUGCUAAUGUAAAAUUGUAGGACUCAGUGGUUAUUAGUUGUUUCUGUGAACUCGUGUAAAAUUAUAUGCUAUUAAAGUACCAAAAUAAUUCCAUUGUACACCUGACCUUACAGUGUUAAUCAAGUUUCUUGCUCUAUUCCAUAGAUUCAUAUAAUUUCCAUGUAUUCUGUAAAGACUCCCAGUGACAGCAAUAAUCAAUAUUCCAUUCACAUAUAUCUUAAUACAGUGUAAUAGCCAUAAUGGCAAGAAGUGCGGCAUAACUCCUUGGAAGAUUAUAUCUUUGAAUUAUAAAAUAACAGAUAUCCAUUCUUUAUCCUCAUUAAGUCCAUAGAGCCAGCCACCUGACCUUCCUUUUUCAAUGUGCAUAUAAUUGUUUCCCUGACCACAAGAAAGAUUAAGCUCAUGAUAGGAGAACACAAAAGUUGUAUUAGGACCCAGAGGCUUCAUGCACCAUUGGUUAUACAUUUUAUAGAACACUGUGUUAAAUCUCUAAAAUUUUGUUGCAUUAAGAAGGUAAGAAUUUGAAGGUCUAGUUUUAACUAAUUCACUUCAGUUAGAGGAACUGCUUGAGACACAUCUAAAGGAUUGUUUUACUUGUGAAGAGUUUAUGGUCUACAUAUUACACCUGUGCACUAGUUGUGCUUCUGAUUGAUGCAGUUUUGAUAUUAUUCAUGGUGCAUUUUGUUCUUUGCAAGGAAUCAUAGAAUCAGGGCUGUUUUUCUAGAAAAAGAGGUGCUUCUCUUAUGCCACCACCCUUCGUCGCACCAAUUGCCACCUGCAGCCUCCAUCGCACAAAGCACCAUGUUUUAUAGGAUAAAUAAGUAUGCUUUUUGUUCUUCACUGCUGCAAUGGCCCUUAAGCAACUGAAUGCUCAUUAUCUUUUUUCCCUCCAAUAAUUGACUAAUAAAGAAUAGGAACUAUAGUUUGACUUAAUCCAGAUCCAUAAAAAACUUUAAUAGUAAUUGCAAUGAAAACAACAUGGCCUUUGUGUAUACUUCCUUUGAUAUAUAUAUAUAAUGCAGACAUUAUUUGAACACUAGCCACCAAGUUGAAUUGUUGCUUUCCCCACUUUGAGUAGUAUCCAAAUUCAUAAAAGUGUAUGGAAAAAUACUGUUUUCUGUUAUUGUUGUUUCUCUACCUCUAAAAAAAACUCAGCCAACGUCAAGAUUGGCAACUACAUAUAGGUUGCUAAGUAAGGUGUUGCUUUCUAUUUCUUUUUCUGGCAGCAACAAAUUUUUGAAUAUAAAUAUUCCCUUCUCCUGUUGAUUCACCAGGGCUGUCUACAAAUCAUGCCUCGCACCUAAUGAAACUGGUACAAUGUGACAGACAGCUGAGCUAGACCAGAAUCUGGUGGUGUGAUACUUUGAAACUCCAGCAGGGUUCUGGAGCUCCUCUCUCAUUGACUAUGAAGACAGCUAGCCAGUGGGGGGUGGAGACAGCACUUUUUCUGUUUCUAAGAGAGUGUUCAGAUAGGGAGAUAGUUUGAGGAGAAGAGCUAGAGAGAGCGAGAGCUGGAGAGUUGGUUCUGAUCUGUGUGUAACAUCCACUCUGAGGAAAAUGUCUACAGCUAGAGAAAGGAGUCUCUGAGCUUAGAAAGAAAUACAGUGUUUAGUGUCUUGUUGUAUUUGUAAUAAAUCUUUCUUAUUUGUUCAAUUUCUGCCUGACUCUCCACGUAUCAAAGUUUAACCUCACACAAAAAGAUAACCUGUGGUGACUAUAGGGUACAGUAUAUGGAGGGGGGGUUCACCUCAUAGGAUGUGGAACCCUGCCCUAGUUCUCUUGUCCCUUUGAUCUUGUCCCUACUCCUAAUAGCCAAAAAGCUAGAGAGCAUAAAGUUUAUGCACCCCACUUCCCCACUACCCCAGGUAGGAAUCUAGGGAGGUAGUGUUGUCUGCACCUGGGUCAUGACACCCAGGUAUCAACAGCAGUAAUCUAUAAAGAAGUAUUGGUUUGCCCCCAAAGCAUGCUCUUCAGUCACUGCUUCUUCUAAGCCAGAGGUCAGCAACCUAAGGCCCAUGGGCUGGAAGCAGUCCAUGAGGGUUGCUUAGCUGGCCCAUGAGCUGCCCCCGAACCGAGCUGUGUGCUGCACUAAAUCAGCAAGGCGCGGGGACUCUCUUCUGCGGCUCCGGAAAUCACUUCUGUGCAUGCCCAGACACAAAAAAUUGCUUCUGUGCAGGUGCGAUUUUUGGCAUCUGGGCAUGCAUAGAAGUGAUUUCUUGCGCUGCGGACAUGCGCAGAUGUGAUUUUGGGUGUUGUCCGGUAAGCCUUGCUGACCCCUGUUCUAAGCAGUGUUUGAGAACUGUGAUCAGAUCUCCUGUAUCUUUAGUUAGGCACCUCCAAUUCACCUCUGAGAUUGGGAUGUUAGGGAGGGCUUUGUUAAGUUUUUCCCCAGUGUAAAUAUCAUCAUGCCCCUUAAGCUCCUAGUUUCUUGGUUAGGGAAAAUCAUUUUAUCCAUAAGUUUUCUAUAAAAAAGCAAAUGGCACCUGAGUGGAUGGGUAUCUGCAAGAGUGAAUAGAUUUUAAAAGACCCACGAGCCCCAAGUAUGAUGGCCCCAAUGUGAAUUGGAGGGCCCUGUUUACUUUUUUUUUAAGAGCUAGGAGCUCUCAGGCAACUGGCUCUCAGGUUUCUCAUUUAAUUUGCUUUUCAGAUUUUUCCAUCUUGCUACUUAAAAUGCAACUCCAAGCUCCUUUUCUUUGCCACACAUACAUACCACAUUAAUUUGUCUUGAGUCAUACCUUGAUUUGUAUACAUGCCCUCGCUAGUAGUAGCAGUAGUAGUAAUACAGUAGUCUACACCUUAACGAGUGUAGACUACUGUACUACUACACCUUAUACAACUGGCAGAGUAUUCGUCGGCCCUGUAUCCUUGGUAAAUACAAUAAAUUUCCACCAUGUGGCAUAGUUUUUUUGUGGUUUUUCUGCAAUACAGAUUUUAGUUCCAAUGGCAUGAACAAUCUUUGUCACUUUCUGGCUCACAUCUUAGAAGUUUUUUUGGCUUAGCGUUAGCUGUGAUCUUGAUCUUACGUGUUGGAGAAACUUGGCUGUCAUGAACCAAAUGGCAACUUGUUGGGGGAUCCUCACAUCAUGGGUGUAGCCAAGGGGGGCAGCUGACCCCCCUAGAUCAAGUAAAACAAUAAAAAUACUUAACUAACUCACCAAUCACAUCAGUUCUGCCCCUCUCACAAAGUCCUUGCCCCCCCAUACAAAGUCCUGCCCCACAACAAAAAUCCUGAGUAUUCCCACAUCUCACAUCACCAUCAUAUAAACAAAUAAAUCUGCCCUAGGGGGGCAUGGAAAGUGAAUUUAUUAUUAUUAAUUUAUUUAUUGAGCUUAUAUACCAUCUUAUACCCGGAGGUCUCAGGGUGGUUCACAGAAUAAAAUCAAAAUAUAAGACCACAAAAUACAUAAUCAAAAUAAAAACUACCCAAUAACACCCUGCUCCCCUCAAAAACCCACAUUUUGAAAGGGAAUAGGAUGUCAAUCAAAUCAACCAAAGGCUUGGUUAAAAAGGAACGUUUUUGCCUGGCACCUAAAGGUGUAGAAUGAAGGUGCCAGGCGAACUUCUCUGGGAAGAGCAUUCCACAGAAGGGGAGCCACAGCAGAGAAGGGCUGUUCUCAUAUUACCACCCUCCGGGCCUCUUGAGGAGGAGGUAGAUGAAGAAGGGCCUCACUCAGAAGAUGAUCUCAGGGUCCGGGUACGUUUAUAUGGAAAGAAGCGGUCCUUGAGGUGUUCCGAGCCAUUAAAGGCUUUAUAGGUCAAAAUCAGCACUUUGAAUAGGUUAUUGCAGUUUCUAGGAAGAAAAAGGAUAACCUGCCUUCUCUCCAUGUGAAACAUUUAAUUUGUGGUUGAAUUCUGAUGUGGUCAUAGAACAUUCAGAUAUGUAUCUUACAUGGAAAGUUGUGAUUUAUGAUAUUUUAAAAGACUUCUGAUUUGUGAAUUCUGGGAAUUAACAGUAUUGCUCUUGUUCCAAACAUGUGGUUUCUGGGUGAAGUAUUGCAGCCCAAGGGUGUCUUAAGUUUAAAAAGUAGAAUUCGGACUGUGCAUUUGUUUCCCAAAGGUUACAGUUUGUACAUGCCUCUGUGUGUGUCUGUUUCCUUAACUAUUCAUACCAGAAUGCUGUUUCACUGCUGGUUUAGCAAAUUAUUGAUUAGAAAAUAGUAAAAAUGCAGGAACAUGAUAACAGUUUUUUUUAAUAUAUUGUGAUGAUUCUUCUUCUUCCACUUCUACACAGAAAUGUAGAAAUGUUCCAUUUUAGGAGCCAAUAGAUUCACAUGCAUCAUGCAAACUGCAAAUAUUUUUAAUCAUGUACCUCAUCAUGUAUUAAAUGUUAGCAAAGUGUUACUGGUUUUUUAUCACAGAAGAGCUUUCUCAUACUUCUUUUUAACUAUCAAGGUGAGGGGAUGGCCAAAGAUACUACAGUCACUAAAUUCAGCUUCGAGUUUUGGCUGCACAAGACUAUUGAAUGGGGUCAGACAAGCACUUCAGAAUCUCAGCAAGAUGUCUGCCUUCACUUGCCUGAAUUACAGGAAUUUCUACUACAGAUUUAUGGAGCUUUGAAACAUAUGGUAAGUGAAUUAACUGGAAGAAUGAACUGUUUUGAAGACUGUUACAGAAACGUUCUGCACCCCACAUUUUGACAAGACAGAAAGCUAACAGUAGCAGAGAGCCUUGUAGCAUUGACCUAAUGUAUUGCUGGAUCACAGAAGCAAAUUGGUGAAACAGCCACAGGUAAUGCAAACAGGAAUGUGUUUCCUGUGUUCCUGAUUUAUUGUGAAAGGAGCUUUUUCUUUUUGAUUGGUUAUGUUCUCACAUGAGAUUUCCUACUCAACACAGUAACCUUUUUUAAAAAUACUUUAAAAUAAACAAGUAUUUGAUUCUGGUUUUCAGGUCAUAAAUUGGAUUAUUUAAAGACUCUUAACAUGCAAUACUAUAACUUAUCUCUUAAAUCUUAAGAAGUCUGCUGACACAGUAACCCUACUGAUGUGGCAUUCAAAGAAAUGUCAGGCCACCAUCGUUGGAUCACAAGCAAAUAUUUCUUAUUUCUAGUUGCGCCUGUGCAAAAUUCGUAUUGCCCUGGAAUUCCUUACCAUUUUUUUAGAAGACAAUUUAUUAGUCAUUGGGGCAUUUUGCUAUAUCUGUAUGCAUGAAAAUGUAUUUUACUGCUACAGCAUUUAGCCUACAUUACUAGUAUAAAAGAUGAGAAAAAUGUUUAUAGAUAAUUGUCAAAUAUCUGAUGGACUAUAGAAAAAUAAACUAUAGACCAGUGAUGAAUUACAUUAUGUGUUUGUGAAACUGAUUCCCACCCCCUGAAAUGCCUAAUUAUAAUGAAUGUCUUGUGAAACUUGGCCACAGAUUCAUUUUAUGUAUUUGCCCAAUAUUCAUUUAUUUGUUUGUUGAAUUUAUAUUCUACCUUUCUACAAAAUCUUGCUCAAGCCUAGCUCCAAUUAUGGGAUGAAUCUGAAACAUUCAUUGCAGCAGCUUGUGACAAUUUUCUUUUCUGCUACUUAUAUGUUAUCUUAGGUUAGUACCAUUUUAAAAGCCUCUGUUUAUUAGACAGUAAAACUACAAAAAUGGAAAAAAUGGACUGAUUGCGUAAGAAUGUUUAUAAACUACACCAUGCAUUACUUUUAUAGCAAAGCUGCUUUCCAUUUGGUUAAACGUUGUUUAGGUUUUGUAGCUUUAGUGUCUGUUAAAUUUCAGGUUAUAACUGACUUAAGUAUGAUGUCAUGUAGAAUAUAGCAAACAGUAACAGAAACUUCAUGACUUCUUUGUACUGUAGUUUCUACUCAAUCCUUCGUAUAAUCCAUAGUAUGAUGUAAGAGGCAUGACAUUUUGAAUAAUUUGUUAUUUUUAUUUAUUUGACUUAAUCCAUCCCAUCUUGAAAGCUAGGGAAAAUAGCAAUAUAUCAAAACCAUGUGUUAAUUUUUAAUUUCUUUUUCUUCAUGUAACAACUAUUAAAACUGCACGCUUUAUAAGCAUCAUCCUAGCCACACACAGAAAGUGGGCUAAAUAGAAAGGUCUUGCAAUAUUUAUUAAAGAAGUUUGAUCUAUGAUGAGGAAUUAUUGCCAGUUUUGGAAAGGAAGCCACCAAACCCACCUCUUUUUGCCCUCAGGCAGGCCAGGUGCAAGUCUCCAGCCCUGUAUUGCAGCCUUCAAUGUGUUCUUGCACUUUCAGGCAUACAGGAAGCUUUAAUGCAGGAAGCUGGUGGACUAUGUUGUAUGUUGAUACACCCAGAGGGUACUCUCGGUCAACUACAGAUUAUGUUUGAGUGUCAUGAACAUGUGAUUAUCUCACGUUACAUGUGGAUUUCAUGCUUUCUAACCUUGAGUUGUAUGAGGUUUUUGUGUCCUAAAACAGGGAUAGGGAUUCUGUGGCCCUUCAGAUGUUGCUGGACUACAGCUUGCAUAAUCUGACCACUGACCAUGUUAGUUGGGGCUGCUGGUAGGUGGACUUCAACCAUAUCUGGAAGGCCACUGAAUCUCCAUCACUGUUCUUGUUACUGUCUCACAUGUUUUUAACUGCAUCUUGCAAGAAAGAAUACUGAAGUGAGUAGUGUUUGGCCAGCAGUUUCUAUGCAGGAUAGGGGAGGGGCACAUUGUCCACAUGCUCUCCACCCCCCCCCCCAGUGUAUGGUGGGAGCUUAACCUAUUUUGAAUUUGCAUUUGUGUCCCGCAAAGUUUCUCCAUUAUGGUCAGUGCAAUCUUAAAAGUGCCGUCCAAAGAUGUUAUUUUUAUUCCAGACUAUCCCUAUAAUUAAGGGAAACAAGAUUUUCAAAGAAUGGCAAUAAGCAAUUUCAAGAUAUAUUUGGGAGGGCAAAAAGCCGAGAAUUCAGUUUAAGUUAUUAACAGAUGCGAAAGAAAGAGGAGGCUUUGCCCUGCCGGACUUGAAAUUAUAUUAUGAGGCAUCUUGCCUUUGCUGGUUAAAAGACUGGAUAAAACUAGAAAAUAAGGAACUGUUAGAUUUAGAGGGGUUUGAUAACAGAUUUGGGUGGCACGCGUAUUUAUGGUAUGAGAAAAAGAAAAUCCAUAAAGGUUUUGAGAGCCACAUCUUCAGAGGUCCUUUGAUUGAAGUAUGGGAUAGGUACAAAAACCUAUUAGAACCUAAAGUACCACACUGGUUAUCUCCGUUAGAAGUCAUGAGUGUAAAGAAAAUUAAUAUGAGAGGCAAUUGGAUCACAUAUGGUCAACUGCUAUUUAAAGAAAGGGGUAAAUGGAAAAUGAAACCAUACGAACAAGUUAAAGAACAUGUAUAUGAUUGGUUGCAUUAUUUUCAAAUAAAUGAAAUGUUUAGGAAAGAUAUCAAAGAGGGUGGUUAUGCUGAUAAAGAUUCAAAAUUUCAGACUGAAAUAAUAAAUAAUGAUUACAAAAUUCUAUCCAAAAUGUACAAGCUGUUGUUAGAAUGGAAUUUAAAAGAUGAGGAAGUUAAGUCGGUAAUGAUACACUGGGCCAGAGAUGUUGGAUAUAAUAUACAAUUUGAGGAUUGGGAAAAACUAUGGAAAGAAAAUCUAAAAUUUACAGCAUGUAUGACAUUAAAAGAGAAUGUUAUGAAAAUGUUUUAUAGAUGGUAUAUAACACCGGUGAAAUUAGCAAAAAUGUAUAAGACAUGUAAUAAGUGUUGGAAAUGUAAAGAUAAAGAAGGUUCUUUUUAUCAUAUGUGGUGGGAAUGUAAGAAAGUGAAAGGCUUCUGGGAAAGGAUAUAUAAUGAAUUGAAGAAGAUUCUAAAAUAUACAUUUACAAAGAAACCUGAAGCCUUUCUGUUAGGAAUAUUAGAAAAUGAGAUAAAGAGAAAAGACUGUAAAUUUUUCCAAUAUGCAGUGACUGCAGCAAGAGUGUUACUGGCUCAGAAAUGGAAACAACAGGAAAUACCGACAGUGGAAGAAUGGAGAAUGAAGCUGUUAGACUAUGCUGAGUUGGAUAAAUUGACUGGGAAAAUUAGAUACCUGAGAGACCAAAAGUUCAUCGAGGACUGGGGGAAAUUUGUGGAAUAUCUGGAAAGUAUAAGUGAGGGACAGAUAACGCUAGAGGGGUUUAAAAAAGCACUGUGAAAAACUAAGAAGUAUUGUUUAAAGAGAAAGGAAACUAAGGGUAUAAAUAAUGACAAUAUAAAUUACGAAAUGCGCACUUAAAAUAAUGACUAUGGAUGAUUUACGGAGAAGCUGAAGGAAGUCCAGAAAAGAAGCAAUUUGUGAAAAUUGGAUGUGAAAAUUUUAUGUAUGUUUUGUUUUGUUGUAAAUUAAUAAAAAAAAUUAUGAAAAAAAAAAGUGCCAUCUUUGUGGAAGCAUCUGCAGAGUUCUUAGGGUGAGCUCAACAAUGAUGGAAUACAAGCUUAGUCUUUGAAGAGGCUCUGCUCUACAGAUACUUUCUCCAAAUCCCUCUUAUUUUGGGCCCCCAAUACAUUUUGACAUGCAAUAUUUUUGGUUUACUAUUCCCUUUAAUUUCAGAACUGUACUAGUUCAAUCCAAGAGUUUCCACUAAUUGGUCAAUUAUUGGGAAGACUUUGUUGGAACCCCUUUGUCAUUGGCUAUGGUGAGUUUUUGAAGUCAGCUUUGUGAAAUAAAAAUAUUUGUUUUUUUAUUUUGUUAGUUAUUGGAAUAUUGACUGUUGGACUCUAACUCGCAUCAGCCCCAGCUGGUAUUGGCAGUGGUCAGGGAUGAUGAGUGUAGUUAUCAAACAACACCUGGAGGGCCACAGGUUCUCCAUCCCUGCACUAAAAUAAUAAUACCUUAAGUGAUACAAUAUUUUUAAAAAGAUCUUAUUGUCCUCCUAUCCACUUGCAGUUAGAAUGUCUUAACUCCUAUUGAAACCACCGAGACUUGAGUUGUAUUUUCUGGAACACAUGAAGCUAUCUUUAUGCUGAACCAUAGUUAAAAUAGACUGUGGUUUAAUGUGAACUAGCAAAUGCAAAAGACUAUUCUCAUGUUCUCUAAAAGGGUCAUUUAUCACAACUUUUGAUACCAAGGGUCUGUUGAAAAUUGUCUAGAGCAGGAUUUCCCAAACUUAGGUCUCCAGCUGUUUUUGCACUACAACUCCCAUCAUCCCUAGCUAGCAGGACUAGUGUUCAAAGUUGAUGGGAUUUGUAGUCCAAAACCAGCUGGAGACCCAAGUUUAGGAAACCCUAGACUAGAGGAUUUUGUUGUUCAGCUGUUACUAAAUAUACAGGAAUAAAUAUGAUACAUGUUUUCAAGAAUAACUCUUUGAAAGCACCAUUAAAGCUAGUAAAGCUAGUUUGGGGAUCCAUCACGUCACUAUCUUGUUACCGCAUACAUUACAGCAUAAACAUUUCCCCCAAAACACUCUGACAACUGCCCAAGACCACCAGAAAUGAAAUUAUGAACCCUUUCCCUCUCCACCAGUUACAUCUGUUGAAGCUGCUAAUAUGAGAUAAACCUAAUAUGCGAUAACAGGUACCACCUGUGAACUCGUUUGAAAGCAAUAAAAUGAUUUUGGGCAGAAUUGUUGUAUUUACUGCCAUAAUGUGGUCCAGCCAUAAUCUACCCCACCUCCUGUGCUUUAGGUUCUGUUUAACUUUCUUCAUCACUCACCCUUAAUUAAGCAUCCUUAGAUAGCAUAUAAAUACCUGAGAACUUGGUCUAAGUUACUUCAUAGAUUUAUGUGUACUGACAGUCCCAGAAGCAUCUUAAUAUUUUACUGAAUGGCUAGGUUUAUGCCCAGAGUACUUCUGAUUUUAGAUAAUUGAGUUGCAAAUUGGCUAUAAAUUUGCUGGCUCUGACCAUACGUUAGUUGUAGGUGAUAGUAGCAAGACUAUUGUUUCAUCAUUGUACAAUCUAAUGACUUGAAUAAUUUCAUUAAUUUUAACAUCCUUUACUAUGCAACACAUUAGCUAGUGGCUCUUUAGAAAUUGCAAAGAGCAAUGGAAAUAGUGGGCUCUCUGGUUUUGUUCCCUCAUUAAAAUUAUUUACCCCUAUUAAAUGCAUUCAUUCUAAUUACGGCUGUGAAGGCUUGGUGAAAUUGAGCAAUAAUUUUAAUAAAUAUCUAUCCCAUAUUCAUUUUUUUCUAACUUUUUUUUCUAAGACGGCCCAUUAUAACCUGCUGUAGUCCUUACAGGCACCAAGAGCCGAGAUUGAAAGUUGUCUUUUAGUAGCCCUACUAAGAUGUUUUGCAUUUAGAAGCUGUCUGGCUGGAGUAUAAAGUUAUCUACAUGGCAGAAAGCCAGCUUGGUCUGACUUGAUAUAGCUUGUAAUAAAAAACAUUAUGCUGGACCGUUUAUAUGAUGAGUUAAUCAUUCUCCCAUAGUUCAGGGACUGCUGUUAGCACGGAGGUCCUCAAUAUAUUAGGAAUUCUGCCCCUUCCCCUUCCAGUAUGUCAUUGAAAAGCAUUGCUAAAAACAAUAUUAACAGGUUCCUACAUUGUUUAAACCAUUAUUAUAUGGGAUGAAUGGAAUUACUUUGAAUAUAUAUAUAUAUAUAUAUAUGGAUAAAGACUGGCUUUAGACCUUGGGAUUUUUUUGUUUAUUAACAUGAACAAAAGAUUACUCUUGCUCUGCUUUGAUUUUUUUUUUAAUAUUCUUAUUUGGUUUGCUAUCUGCAGACGAAUGCCAGAAGAUUCUAAUGUGGUGCUUAUGUUGUCUGUACAGUGGUGAACCACAGACCCCUGUGGAAUUGAAGGCCAACAGCUGGAUACAAGUAAGCAAAUGAAUCCUCUCCCUGACUGCUUUAAAUUAACUUGAUUAUUUAAAGGUGCAGCAUCUACAGCACAGAGACAGUAUGUCAUUUUUAGAAACCACUCUAGAGACAUCCUACAUUCACAUUGUGUUGAAAUAUGUUCUACUUUAAUUAAAAUACAGUCUGUGCUGUCUCUCCUUUUGAAUGUUAAGAAAGAUGUGGUGUUUAAGUAAUUUUAAUAGCUCUUAAUACAGUGGAUCUUAAACUGGCAACUUCAAGUGAAGACCAAAGUCUACAAAUCAGUAAGCAAGAGAGCACUAUAAAAGCAAACUUUCAAUUAGGGGAAAAUAAUGUAAUCUGGAGGAAUGCUUUUGUUUGUUUUGAAAACAAUUUAUAUAUGCUCUAUAAUUUUGCUCUAUUGUUUUUGUUUAAUCUUUCUAGUCUUGGGAGAAACUAAUUGUAUCCAAGUUUUAUUCAAAGACAGUGAAAGAAAAUAUUUGUGUGCAGCUUAAAUUUUUUUUAGUUCACUCUUAGUUAAAUGAAUCCACAACUGCUUGAAGUCUUCAAUGUAGGCCUUUAUGGUUUUUUAAAAAUACUCAUAUUGCGCAUUUACUCCUUAACCUAGAAAAAUACUUAAACUCAUGCAUUGUUCCAUUUUCAGCCUGUUUUAUGCAGAGGUUGAGCUGCAUGAUUCAUAAUUAUAUUUUCAUGGAACAGACUCCUUAUUUUCCAGGAAUAUAUUGUGAAAACGUGAGUGGCACAAUAACAAUAUUUCUCUUCAGUCACAUAUAAAAUCCUUCUGACAUACUGUCUCAGUUUAAUAAUUUUGGAGAACUGUUUGCUUCUUAACAGUGUCACAAAAUAAUACUUGCAUGUGUAUCUAUGCAUUAAGUCAUUUAAAUUUCAGUGAUAAUGGGAGUGUGAAAGGCAGAAUUGCUUCAGUGUGAGAAAUGUUUACUAUUUUUCUGGGUUACACACAGCUGAACAAUUUGAUAAGUUUUAUUUGUAAAGUAAGUAUGGACUUUGCUGCUGCUGCUGCUGCUGCUGCUGCUGGAGGUUCUCUGUAUGUAUCUCAGGGUAGCUGUUUCUACAUUUGUACAGUUUUAAUAGUAAUGCCGUUUGAGAUCUUAAUAGUGCAGUUUAUAAUCUGACCCUCUUCAUGGAUCACUGCCUUGCCGUGGUGAAGGGGCUUGAAUAAUUCAGAGAAGCUAUGAACUAUGCCGUGCAGGGCCACCCAAGAUGGACAGGUCAUAGUGGAGAGUUUUGACCAAACGUGAUCCGCCUGGAGCAGGAACCGGCAAGCCACUCCAGUAUCCCUGCCAAGAAAACUCCAUGGACAAAGGCAACAGGCUUUGUUAUGGCGCUGGAAGAUGAGCCCCUCAGGUCGGAAGGCAUCCAACAUGCUACUGAGGAAGAGCGGAGGACAAGUACAAGUAGAUUCAGAGCUGAUGAAGCGGCUGGGCCAAAGCCGAAAGGACGCUCAGUUGCGGAUAUGCCUGGAAGCGAAAGGAAAGUCCAAUGCUGUAAAGAAAAAUAUUGCAUAGGAACCUGGAAUGUAAGAACCAUGAACCUUGGUAAGUUGGAUGUGGUCAAAAAUGAGAUGGCAAGAAUAAAUAUUGACAUUCUGGGCAUCAGUGAACUAAAAUGGACAGGAAUGGGCGAAUUCAGUUCGGAUGACCAUCAUAUCUACUACUGUGGGCAAGAAUCCCGUAAAAGAAAUGGAGUGGCCCUCAUAGUCAACAAAAGAGUGGCGAAAGCUGUACUGGGAUGCAAUCUCAAAAAUGAUAGAAUGAUCUCGAUACGAAUCCAAGGCAGACCUCUUAACAUCACAGUAAUCCAAGUUUAUGCACCAACCACUGGUGCUGAAGAAACUGAAAUUGACCAAUUCUAUGAAGACUUACAACACCUUAUAGAAAUGACACCAAAGAAGGAUGUACUUCUCAUUAUAGGGGAUUGGAAUGCUAAAGUAGGGAGUCAAGAGAUAAAAGGAACAACUGGCAAGUUUGGCCUUGGAGUUCAAAACGAAGCAGGGCAAAGGCUAAUAGAGUUCUGCCAAGAGAACAAGCUGGUCAUCACAAACACUCUUUUCCAACAACACAAGAGACGACUCUACACAUGGACAUCACCAGAUGGGCAGCGUCGAAAUCAGAUUGAUUAUAUUCUCUGCAGCCAAAGAUGGAGAAGCUCUAUACAGUCAGCAAAAACAAGACCUGGAGCUGACGUGGCUCAGAUCAUCAGCUUCUUAUAGCAAAAUUCAAGCUUAAACUGAAGAAAGUAGGAAAAUUCACUGUGCCGGUAAGAUACAAUCUAAGUCAAAUCCCUUAUGAAUACACAGUGGAAGUGAGGAACAGGUUUAAGGAUUUAGAUUUGGUGGACAGAGUGCCUGAAGAACUAUGGAUGGAGGCUCAUAACAUUAUACAGGAGGCAGCAACUAAAACCAUCCCAAUGAAAAGGAAAUGCAAGAAAGCAAAGUGGCUGUCCAACGAGGCCUUACAAAUAGCGGGGGAGAGAAGGCAAGCAAAAUGCAAGAGAGAUAGUGAAAGAUACAGGAAAUUGAAUGCAGAUUUCCAAAAAAUAGCAAGGAGAGACAAGAAGGCCUUCUUAAACGAGCAGUGCAAAGAAAUAGAAGAAAACAAUAGAAUGGGAAAAACCAGAGAUCUAUUCAAGAAAAUUGGAGAUAUGAAAGGAACAUUUCGUACAAAGAUCACCAUAAUAAAAGACAAAAGUGGAAAGGACCUAACAGAAGCAGAAGACAUUAAGAAGAGGUGGCAAGAAUACACAGAGGAAUUAUACCAGAAAGAUAUGGAUGUCUCGUACACCCCAGGUAGUGUGGUUGCUGACCUUGAGCCAGACAUCCUGGAGAGUGAAAUUAAAUGGGCCUUAGAAAGCAUUGCUAAUAACAAGGCCAGUGGAAGUCAUGAUAUUCCAGCUGAACUAUUAAAAAAUUUAAACGAUGAUGCUAUUAAGGUGCUACACUCAAUAUGCAAGCAAAUUUGGAAAACUCAGCAGUGGCCAGAGGAUUGGAGAAGAUCAGUCUACAUCCCAAUCCCAAAGAAGGGCAGUGCCAAAGAAUGCUCCAACUACUGCACAAUUGCACUCAUUUCACACGCUAGCAAGGUUAUGCUUAAAAUUCUACAAGGCAGGCUUAAGCAGUAUGUGGACCGAGAACUCCCAGAAGUGCAAGCUGGAUUUCGAAGGGGCAGAGGAACCAGAGACCAAAUUGCAAACAUGCGCUGGAUUAUGGAGAAAGCUAAAGAGUUCCAGAAAGACAUCUACUUCUGCUACAUUGACUAUGCAAAAGCCUUUGACUGUGUCGACCACAGCAAACCAUGGCAAGUUCUUAAAGAAAUGGGGGUGCCUGAUCACCUCAUCUGUCUCCUGAGAAAUCUCUAUGUGUGACAAGAAGCGACAGUUAGAACUGGAUAUGGAACAACUGAUUGGUUCAAAAUUGGGAAAGGAGUACGGCAAGGCUGUAUAUUGUCUCCCUGCUUAUUCAACUUAUAUACAGAAUUCAUCAUACGAAAGGCUGGGCUGGAUGAAUCCCAAUCCGGAAUUAAGAUCGCCGGAAGAAAUAUCAACAACCUCAGAUAUGCAGAUGACACAACCUUGAUGGCAGAAAGUGAGGAAGAAUUAAAGAACCUUUUAAUGAGGGUGAAAGAGGAGAGCGCAAAAUAUGGUCUGAAGCUCAACAUCAAAAAAAACGAAGAUCAUGGCCACUGGGCUCAUCACCUCCUGGCAAAUAGAAGGGGAAGAAAUGGAGGCAGUGAGAGAUUUUACUUUCUUGGGCUCCCUGAUCACUGCAGAUGGUGACAGCAGUCACGAAAUUAAAAGACGCCUUCUCCUUGGGAGAAAGGCGAUGGCAAACCUAGACAGCUUCUUAAAAAGCAGAGACAUCAUCUUGCCAACAAAGGUCCGUAUAGUUAAAGCCAUGGUUUUCCCAGUAGUGAUGUAUGGAAGUGAGAGCUGGACCAUAAAGAAGGCUGAUCGCCGAAGAAUUGAUGCUUUUGAAUUAUGGUGCUGGAGGAGACUCCUGAGAGUCCCAUGGACUGCAAGAAGAUCAAACCGAUCCAUUCUUAAGGAAAUUAGCCCUGGGUGCUCACUGGAAGGACAGAUCGUGAAGCUGAGGCUCCAAUACUUUGGCCACCUCAUGAGAAGAGAAGACUCCCUGGAAAAGACCCUGAUGUUGGGAAAGAUGGAGGGCACAAGGAGAAGGGGACGACAGAGGACGAGAUGGUUAGACAGUGUUCUCGAAGCUACAAACAUGAGUCUGACCAGACUGUGGGAGGCAGUAGAAGACAGGAGUGCCUGGCGUGCUCUGGUCCAUGGGGACACGACUAAACGACUAAACAACAACAUAAUCUGACGGUUACUUCAGCAUCAGGCAUUUGGGAGUUUUUACAGAACUGAUGGUAGCUUGCUGUGACUUGUUUGCAAAGCAUUUUAAGGAUCAAAUCGUUUGUAUCCACUGGGAUCUUGACUCUGUUACAGCAGAUAAAUCUUGAAAGGUGUCCAGAGCACUGUCUAGUCCUGCUAUGUUGAAUGAAUUUCAGUUAGUAAGUUUCGAGGAUAUGGACAAGGUGCUUGGAUCAGUUAUUUGUUUAUUUAUUAGAGAAUAAGAUCUAAGGACAGUUCACAGAAUAAAAUACAGGAUAAAAAAAGUAAAUAAGUAGAGCAGCAAAACAAUAACUCUGCUUCCCACAGACACAUUUAAAAGGCUGUAGAAUAUUAAUUAGCCAAAGGCCUGUUUGAAGAGGGAAUAUUUUUGCCUGGCGCCUAAAAAUAUUUAAUGAAAAACAAACUGAAGCUCAAUCCAGAUAUGACAGAUGCACUGUUAGUGGUUUGUUUCCUAGACUGAAUGGAUGAGAGGUUGUCUGCUCUUGAUGGGGUUACACUCCCUCAGAAGCAGUGGGUAUUUCUGGAUCUGCUGUUGCCGCUUGAGGCUCAGGAGGCCUUGAUUUGGCUGGUGGCCUAGUUGCACGCCUAUCUGGACAGGGAUCGCCUAACAUCUGUUGUCUAUUAGGCCUGGGCAAUAUAUUGCCCAGUACCAGUAUGAGGAGCAGACCACGAUGUGGGCUUCACUCAGCAGUAUAUAUCACUGGUGAAACCGCCGCCGCUCCUGAGUCCCUCUCCUAGCAGCAUUUGCUGGAGGGAGUUGUUCCUUCCUCCAGUGAGCACUGCUAGCAAAGGGACUUAAACACUGCACCACUCAGCUGGCGGGGAGGGAACAUUCCCCCUUGCUGAUCUGCUGUCAGUCAGUGUAGAUAGUACAGAGCUGGAUGGGCCAAUGUCAGCUCCUGUGUUCCUGUGUCUCCAAUGCUGUAAUGAUUUUUUUAAAAACUGAAUAUAUUCAUUGUUAGCUUAGAGCCUAAAUAUGCAUUAUGUGAUUAUUGGCUUUUCAGAUGUCAUUUGCUUCUUACUCAAAUUGUUCCCCAUUCUCCAAAGAUAUAUAAUUGUAUCACCAAAGUAUCAUCUGAUUAGGCUCACCCUGUUGGUUUAGAAAUGCUGUAAAAAAAAUCCUUUGGUGACAUUGUGUGAGUUGGUGUUUUCUGGACUAGGAGUCAGGACACACCUUAGUACAGUGGUACCUCGAGUUACAGAUGCUUCAGGUUACAGACUCCACUAACCCAGAAAUAGUACCUCAGGUUAAGAACUUUGCUUAAGGAUGAAAACAGAAAUUGCCCAGUGACGGUGUGGUGACAGCAGGAGGCCCAAUUAGCUAAAGUGGUGCUUUAGGUUAAGAACAGACCUCCAGAACGAAUUAAGUUCUUAACCUGAGGUACCACUGUAUGUGCCUCUUUAUUGCCACAUCCUGUUUCAGUCUUCAAGUCUUCAAGUCUUGUCAGCAAAACGUCCACUUGUAAUGACACAACCUGCUGUUUCUUCAUCCUUUAAGCAGGCUUCCCAGUGUAAUAGCAGCUGCCAAAUAUAAGGGUGCUUGUCUCUUCCAUUUCCUUCCAGAAUACUGCAUAGGAAGGAAAUGGAAUAGUAUUUGCACUUCUUUCCGGUUGCCUAUAUGCGUUCCACGAUGAUGAUGAUGAUGAUGAUGAUGAUGAAUUGCAGUUCUAAGCUUUGUGUUGCAUUAUGCAAUCCAAUUAAUUCUGCCCUGGCAUCUUUGCCGUGAUCUAGCUUAAGGCAUCUUUGCCAUGACAAUUUUUUCUGAUAUUUGAUAAAUGGUAACAGGUAUGGAUAAGAAGAACCUCUUAAUUCCUCCUUCUCACUGCAGCCUGCACAUGCCAUCUCAUGCUGUUCCAGAGGGUCACUUUGAGUGGAAUUCAAAUGGGGUGAAGAGGGUUGCAGUGAGGGAGAGGAGUGCCAUAUUCCCAUUGCUCAAAUGGAGGUCUGCUUGCUCUUCUUUAAAUUCAAAUCUAGUGUUGUUAAUUAAUUUACAAAAUCCUUAAGGAUUUAUCAUUCCAUUUUGUUCUGAAGAUAAGAGUAUUUGGAAAUUGAAGAGGCUUCAGGACAGCAAGGAAGAUUACUUCUAAUGUGCGUGGAGUGUCAACAUUCCUCAUUCCUGUGCCCUUCCAAUCUUGUUUAUGGGAGAGUAGGGUAUAAUAUAGAUCACAGCCUUAUUUUUAAAUUGUUCAUCACCUGAGCCUGUUUGUUUCCCUAGCAUUAUUUGACAUUUCUGGAGUUAGCAGGACUAGCACUUCACUUUAUAGGAUGAGGCUUGGGAUCGAAGUUCAAAAGGUUCCACUUAGUGAUAGGCCCACCAGUUUUUCUGUUCCUGAGCUUAUAGGACUCACAAAUUUAUGUUAAUUAAGGGCUGCCUCCUAAUUAUUCAUAUUUUGAAAUCCUUGUGCUUGUAAUUUUCUGCAGUGGCAAAGACCAUGGACAUUUGGAAGUUUAGAUAACUGCACCACCUGAACAACAAGGUUUAGUGUGAUUGGCAGGGCAACUGGGCAAAAAGCUUACCUUGUAGAACUGAUAACAUAUUCACCGUAUUGCCUUGUUCCUCUUUGGGCAAUGCUGAAAAAGAAGCCAGAAAUUGUUCUUUUAGAGCAAAGGCAGCCAGCAUGGUGUCUGUCAGAUGCUGAUGGACUACAACUCCCAUCUGAGGCUGAUGGGAAUUUCAAUUGAACAAUUAAACAAUCUGUGACCUUUUUAACUAUGUGUUUGUGAGAGGGUUAUUGUUUGUGUUACAUUGUGGUUGAACAUAUCAGACAACACAGCGAUUCUUCAAACAGCUCUUGUUUAUUCACAGGCCAGAACAGAACUGACUGAAGGGUUCAGCCAGCCUGCUUGUAUAUAGCUCCACUACAACGCAACUGUAACACUUUCUGUAACUAUCCAAACACUGAACGUCACUUUCAAUCCCUUAUUUGCAUAUGUGGACCUGAGUGAAAACUAUCUACAGUAUCCCCUUGCUGGCCCAGGGUGAGAACUUCAGUACAUAACAGUUUGCUACUAUGGUAUGCAUAUUUGUGUUCUUAUAUUGAAAACUGCCCUGUGAUCCUGAGAUGAAGGAAGGUAUAGAAAUUUAAUAAAUAAUAAUAAAAGCAUCUGGAGGGUGCUAUGUUGGCCAGCCCUGUUCUUGGGGCUUUAAUGGAUCACUUGCAGCAGUUGGAAAAAUAGGCUUAUGGGCCCCAGAGCCUUGAUUUUGAAGCAACACUCCCAGUUCUUAGUUGUCUACUUUUCCAUCUUCAUCACAGCCAGUGAGAUUAGAACUAAUAUGCUGAUCUAAUCUAGUCUGAGCUGCUUGGAUAGUUGAUGUACUGUUCACCUGUAGGUUUCCUUUAAUCGCCAAAGGCUUUUAAUGAGGUUACAGAAAACUCUUGUUACUGUUUAUCCACUAAAAAUAAAUCUGAUGUUGCUAUCAAGCAACAUGCUGCUAUUAAAAGUAAGAAUAUGUCUCUGCUUUAGUUUUUUUAAAAUAAAACUUCCACAUACCUAAGAUGAAUUGCGCUCUUGCAGAGGUUCAAAAGUUAAGAUAACUGAGUAUCUCAUAAAUGCUAUUGCCAUAUUUUAUCAUAAUGUGGACAAACCACAAGAGCUAUCUUAUUAGCUUGUGGGUCUAAAUUACUUAGCUGAAGUAAUUUGAUAUCGAAUAUUGUGGAGUGAAAGAACAAGAUCCAGCUCUGUUCUGUAAUCCUUGUUCCACCUUGCUUUUCAUAUCUUGCAACCUUUGGGAAAGCUAAUUUGGAAGCAAGCUGUUCUAGUUCUUUCUUCAGCUCUCUUAGAUGGUUAUAAAUGGAUGACACUGUCCUAGCUAUGAAGCACACUGCUUAGCCAAAAUGCUUCCAUACUCCCCAUUAGAAACAGGGUUAGACAGAGCAGGCUUAGAUGUCUCCAUGGUGUGUGUAAGAAUAGACUCUGGUUUAGAUGUAGGUUUAGAUGCUUAGGUGGCAAUGCACAGAAUGCAUAUUUAACGCGGCAGAGUUAAUGAGAUUUUUUUUUAUCUUAAACAUUUCAAAAGAAAACAUUACUAAAAGAAGUUAGAUAUAAAAUGCACAUUUCAAAUGGCAUAAUUAACAAGAGAAUAAAAUAUGAUCACAAGCAGGGAGCAUAUCUGCUACUGUUGCUGCCAAUCCUGCCAGUGGUGGUUCAAGGUGGGUGGUGGCUGUGGAACCUCAGGCUCAGUUACCUGGAUCUGCACUAAGAGACAGACAAGACUGUCUCUGACUUCUUCAGCAGCCUCAACUUUCGUAGCUGUAGUCAGGGCAGGUGGGAAAAGGUCUGCAAGGUCUACCAGGACUCAGCCAAGAAAGAGUUACAGAAAAACAAGAAAAUAAUAACUUCCGCUAAGUGGAGGCAAGGAAGAGGACAUAGUACAGUGGUGCCUCGCAAGACGAAAUUAAUCCGUUCCGCGAGAGUCUUCGUCUAGCGGUUUUUUCGUCUUGCGAAGCAAGCCCAUUGACGGAUUAGCGCUAUUAGCGCUAUUAGCGGUUUAGCGGCUAUUAAAGGCUUAAAGGCUUAGGGGAUUAGCUGCUAAAAGGCUAUUAAAGGCUAUUAAAGGCUUAGCAGAUUAGAUAAAGGGGGAAGCGAAAAAAAUCUCAGGACUCGCAAGGUAUUUUCGUCUUGCGAAGCAAGCCCAUAGGGGAAUUCGUCCUGCGAAGCAACUUCAAAACGGAAAACCCUUUCGUCUAGCGGUUUUUCCGUCUUGCGAGGCAUUCGUCUUGCGGGGCACCACUGUAUAGAUCUUUUGUCACUGGGUAUGAGAGGAUGUUAUUGCCCAGGAGGACCCAAGUGGCAAUUCUCUUUCAUUUUAAGCUGUAUUGGGCACUGCCCCCAUGUACCUUAGCCCAUCUCAUGUGAUGAACUGUGAAGCGAGACAUGGGUUCUCUUCUUUUUGUCUAUCUCCGCAUAUAUGUUAAUUCCACUGCUUAUACUUUUUUUCUUGUAGUGGCAUGUAUGUAUAUAUUUAAAGGGUUUAUAUAUUUCUUUUUAGCAGUGUUUGCAAGUUGUUUUUAAAAUAGCAGCAACAUUUAAAGGCUUGCACUUUGUAGAUCUUAUUUGAUGCAAUUUGACUUACUUCUGAGUACUCAAAGAAGGAUUGCACUGUUAGUCUUUUAUUUUUGUAAAAUAAAAAGAGAUCAAAGAAAUGCUUAAAUCAUGCUGUAGCUUAUUCAUGCAAGCAUUAAAGCAAAUUCUUUGGUAGUGUUCAUUGUCAUUCAUUAGCAGCCAUUACAGUUAGCUGCUGCAGAGGAAGAGGUUAGACAGCACAUCCCACUUGUAUCAGCUCCUUCCCAUCUGGGGCCAGCUACCAUUAGCUGCCUUUCUUUCCAAGUCUCCCUUAGUGGUCAUUCUGCCUAGGCAUUAAACAUUUAUGUACGUUUAUAAGAAACAGGGACACGGGUGGCGCUGUGGGUUAAACCACAGAGCCUAGGACUUGCUGAUCAGAAGGUUGGCGGUUUGAAUCCCCGCGACGGGGUGAGCUCCUGUUGCUCGGUCCCUGCUCCUGCGAACCUAGCAGUUCGAAAGCACAUCAAAGUGCAAGUAGAUAAAUAGGUACUGCUCUGGCGGGAAGGUAACGGCGUUUCCGUGCGCUGCUCUGGUUCGCCAGAAGCGGCUUAGUCAUGCUGGCCACAUGACCCGGAAGCUGUACGCCGGCUCCCUUGGCCAAUAAAGCGAGAUAAGCACCGCAACCCCAGAGUCGGUCACGACUGGACCUAAUGGUCAGGGGUCCCUUUACCUUUACCUUAUAAGAAACAGUGCCUGAAUUGUCUUGUUUCUUUCCCAUGUCUUCUUCCUUUUGUAUCAUCCAUAUUAGGCUGUAAGUUUUCAGGCAAAGAGCAUUUUGUUUGUUUUGUUUGUUACUCUUUACAGUGCCUAGAAAACUUUAGGUACUUUAUAAAUACUGCUUUUUUCAUAAUGUUACAGUAUACAGUAAUUGUUGGUCAAAAUGAUUUUUGUUUCUUUUGAAACAAAGAAUAAUAUCCAGCAUACAUUGUAUAAUUGUUCAUGUACUUAAAAACAGGAAUGUUCAUUGCUUUUCAAGUUAGUGUAAGGAUACAUGCUACAACAUGUGAAAGUAAUUAAAAGAUGACUGCAGAUAUAAUAAUUACAGCAUGGAGCAGACUGUGCUGGCAGAUAUAGGAACACAGAACUCACUUUAAUCAUAGUGCUUCCCAUAAUGUGGGUGGUCACAGCAUGCAGAUAUUUGUCAGUCUUUCCCUCUGCAUCACUGAUGGUAACAGUUCUGAAGUAAACAGCAUUACACAGGCCUCUUAGUACUUUUUUUGCUUAUGCCAGUUUUUCUGAUAGGUUGAUUCCCUCCACUUUCUUUGUCCUCCUUGUUUUUGUCAGUUGUAAUUAUACAGGGCAUGCUCGGGGGGGGGGGGAUGGCUCUCUUUGAAGUAAACAUACUACCAUUAAUUUUUUCCCACCCCUCAAAUGAAUGUGUUAACUCUUUCGCCAAAUAUGGUGCCUGAUUGCUGGGAAAAAUCCAGUUAAACAUUAGGAAGAACCUUCAGAUAGUAAGAACUGUUUGACAGUGGAACGGACAACUUCAAAAGGUGAUGGACUCUCCUUCAUAGAAUUGUAGAGUGGGAAGGAACCCCAAGGGUCAUCUAGUCUGCUUAAAAACCUCCAAGGAAGGAGAGUCCACAGUCUCUUGAGGAAAUCCAUUCCACUGUCGAACAGCUCUUAAUAUCAGAAAGUUCUUCCUGAUGUUUAGUUGGAAUCUCAUUUCUUGUAACUUUAGGGUAAAGAGACUUUGUGUUCAUCAUCAGGCAACUGCCUUUCCACCUGUCUUGCCCCACCCUCCAACCCUGGAAGCCUUUAUAAGACAGCUGCUCCAGAGGAAGAACUGUGUGUGUGUGGGGGGGAGACUUUCUGUUCCUCAUCAGGCAAUGGUGUUUCCUCCUGCCUUGCCCCACCUAGCCUUUCCCAGACUAUGACUUUGAGAACAGUAGCAGCAGCAGCAGCUGGGAAGAGAAGAAUUCAGUGGGGUUUUUUUUUAAAAAAAUAGUUUUAUAAGUUGUGCAGUCUGAUGGAUUGUUAAAUGUUGCUUUGUUUGAUAUAAAUUGUUUAAAGUUACUGUGUCUUUUAUAUUGGAUCAGAUUGUUUCUAUUAAUGUUUAAUGUUUUAUCAUAUUUUUAUGUCUUGGAAGCCGUCCAGAGUGGCUUGGGCAACCUAGCCAGAUGGGUGGGUUGUAAAUGAAUUAUUAUUAUUAUUAUUAUUAUUAUAUUAAUUUGUGGUGCCCAGAACUGGACACAGUAUUUUAGGUGUUGUCUGACCAAGGCAAAAUAGAGUGGUACUAUAGCUUCCCUUGAUUUGGACACUAUAUUUCGUUCAUUUGAGGUUUUUAAAGAGAAGUUGGAUGGCCCUCUGUCAAGGAUUAUUUAGCUGUGAUUCCUGCAUUACAGGGGAUUGGACUAGAUGAUCCUUGGAUUGGUAUAUAUAGAAAUAUAUUUGGCAUCUCUCUCUCAAAGAGAUAUUUAACUUGUUAGGUUAGUUCAUGUGACUUGUAGACUUUGAGUUGGAUACAUAGAUGGUCUUCCUCUGACAAAGAAUCUUCCUUCAUAGUUUCUCAUUGCGAAGAUCAUGGAUGAGAAACUUGAUGUUGUUAGAAUACAACUUUUGUCAUCCUACAACCCUUGCCAUUGUCCAUACUGGUUGGAACUGAUGAAAGUGUAUAGAGGUCUUGGGCUGUGCAGACACCAAGCCCCCAUCUUGACCUCACUGAUGUGGUCCAAACAAAAGCAGAGCAAUGCAUUUGGCACCAGCUUGGCUGCAGGAGUUGCCAGAAAGAGGCAUAGAAUGCACCAUCCAGUCAUAUUAGGGAUUCCACUCCAGAUUUGUGUAGGGUUUACUCCUUAGCCUUUUCUUCUCCCAACGAUACCCUGCAAGGCAGUAGAGGGUAAAAUCCAAGAGUUCAGCAUUUGUAAUUAUGCACUUUCAAACCCUAAUUUGUUCAAGGUUUUCAAAUGGAUAAUAUUUGUAUUUCCCUCUUUGAUUCAUUUUUUGUAUGUCGGGAAACAACACUUAAUGUUCUGGUUCUAUCAGCAUACAUGCUGAUAAUAAAUUCUUGUUAAGUUUAUUGUUAGGACCUUAAUAAAUAUUAGCGGAAAUAUAAUUGUGUAGUGCAAGCUGUAUUCUGAAACUUACUGUAUUAUUUAAUGUAUUUUGGUUAGUAGAAAACUGAUUUUACAUUCCCUCCCCCAAUGGACUAAUGAAUAAGCAUGCAAGAGGUCUUGUAAGCAAAAUUAGGAUCUGCAGACUUUGUUAUGAUUGGAUCAGAGUGUGGAAAAUCAGUAAGCUGUAUUAUGUCAGCAUCCUGCUCAUGGAAUAGGCUAUAUAAACAGAGGGUGUUGAGACAGUCUGCAAGUGAGCAGGCUUCCUUCUCAGUUACUUGAACCACUAUAAUUCUCUAGGUUUCUGUUUGUUUUGUAGUGAAAUGGAUUUUUCCAAAUACUAGUGUUUUAUUGUUACUAAUUUCAUUUAAAUGGCAUGGGGGACACAGAAUCAUGUAAGCAGGAUUUUAAAAGAAAAGAGGCAGAAACACAGCAGUAAAUUUAAGAGGUUCUAAACAUUUCAAGAAGAAAGUUAAGAACUGGUAGAUUUUAGUGUCUUAAAGACCUCAGAAAUGCAUGCUUUAAUCUUGCUUUUUUAGGAAGUGGCUGAAAGUAAAUGUGAAUUAAACUAGUGAAUUAAUAGGGUUAUUGACAAGGAGGAAAAACAUGAAAUGCAAAUGACUCACCUUUUUCAGAGUGGUCCUCUUCAGGAUGUGAACGCUAUAAUUUGAGAGACGUACUUUGGACAUGACUGAAAAUAGCAAGAUUCUUUGUGUAAUUACAGAGAAGUGCAAGAUUGGGAGAGACUGUAGCCCAGUGGUAUAGCACUUUGCAUGCAGAAGGUCUAGGUUCAAUUUCAGUUAAAAAGAUUAGGCAGCAGGUGAUGCAAACGAUCUCUGCCUGAAACCAUUGAGAGCCUUGGCCAAUUAGAAUAGGAUAGUUUGGGGUACAUGGACAAAUCAUCUGCCCUAAGGUAUAAGGAUGACUUCCAUUCUUUUAAUGCGAUAACUUGUGUUUUCUUUGUAAACUUUUGAGAUCUGCGCUCCGAAUGUUCUCCCCAUUACCACCCACCAUCCAGUCAGCUAAUGGUUUUACCAGCUUUUCCUUAAGGAAUUGUGAGCACACAUUCCUUGUUGGUUUGCCACUGUUUGGAAGAAGAGGCUUAGAGAGGUAUCUGAUGACUUCAGCAGUUCGGAAAUUUUCAUUGGACAAGAUAACUGUUAGGUGGAUUUGUAUCUGGUUGACUGACUGAACUCCAAAAGUACUAAUUAAUAGUUCUUCAUCAUCCUGGGAAAAAAGUGACAAGUGGGGUGCCGUAGGGUUCUGCCCUGAAUCCAUUGUUGUUUAAAAUCUUUAGAAAUGACUUGGAUGAAAGUAUUGCUCGUCAAAUUUGCAGAUGACACCAAACUGGGAGUAGCCAAUGCCUCUUGAAGACAGAAAUUGGGAUUCAAUAUGACCUUAACAGAUUGGAGAAUGGGCCAAAACUAGCAAAAGGAAUUUUGAUAGGGACAAAUGUAAGCUUCUAGACUUGGGCAGGAAGAACCAGCUAUACAAAUGUAAGACGGGGGACACUUUGCAUUCCAGUAGUACAUUCUAAAAAGGAUAUAGGGGUCUUAGUAGACUACAGCUUACCAUAAGUCAGCAGUGUGAUACAGCAGCAAAAAAAGCUAAUACUGUUUUAGGCUGCACCAUAAGAAGUAUAGUGUCCUGAUCAAGUUGCUCUCUAUUCUGCCUUGGUCAGACCACACCUGGAGUACUGUGUCAUUCUGGGCACCACAAUUUAAGAAAGAUACAGUCAUACCUUGGUUGCCAAACGCCUUGGAACUUGUACGUUUCGGCUCCUGAACAAUUGAAAACUGGAAGUGAGUUUUCCGGUUUUCGAAUGAUUUUCAGAAGCCGAACGUCCGGUGUGGCUUCUGCGGCUUCCAAAUGGCUGCAAGACAUUCCUGCAGCCAAUCAGAAGCCACGUCUCUGUUUUUGAACAGUUCCGGAAGUCGAAUGGACUCCCAGAAUGCAUUCUGUUCGAGAACCAAGGUACGACUGUAAUGACAAGCUGGAACGUGCAUAAUAAAUGAAAAGGAAAUGAAAGGUUUUAUUUAUCUGCCUUUGAUUUCCAAAGCACUUAGAAACAACCAGAAAAUGUGAGGGAAGAGAAAGGUUUCAUGUUAUCCAUAGCAUUGUUGUGAGCCUAUUCUUUGCUUAUCCAAAAUUAGGAGGAAGCUGCCUUUUACUGACUCGUUGCUCUAUUUAGCUCAAUAUUGUGUACACUGAUCAGCAAUAAGAAUUCUAGGAUUUCAGAAAGGAAUGUUUUCCAGCCCUGUCUGGAGAUGUCAGGAAUUGAACAUACGACUUUUUCUGGACAAAGCAUGUGUUCUACCAAUAAGUGAAGGUCCAGAUAGAAAUUGAGUUCUCAUUGGGUUUGAUGGUGGACAGGAGGGUCCUGAUUAAUGGCCUUUUGAUGGCUAGCAGUUAGACCAAGCCAUUGGAAUUAGUAUGGUACUCUGCAUUCUACGUUGUGGCAGAAUAACAAUUUGUGCAGGCUUGAAUUGGGCUAGAAAACGCUAACAUUUUUUAAAAAUUAGAGCUGAUCUGCACCUUCAAAGCAAUUAUAGAAGACUAAUGACUGAAAUUAGGAUAAAUCAUCAAAAUAUAUUGGUUUGUGUUUGUUUUUAUGUUUGAAGUUUGGCCACUAUAAUGAUCAGUCUAGCUUUAAAUCCAAAGCACUAUUUCCUGCUUUAACAUUUAAGCCACUAGAUGGCAGUAUAACAGUUUUCUUUCUGCGAACUGUGGGUAGAACAAAUACUUUGUGUUUUUUCUUUUUUUACAGUAGUUCUCUGAAAGUAUUGAUUUUGUCUGUUCAACUUGUGCUCUGCAACAGUAAGAAAUAAAGGCUUUGGGGUUCUACUUUUUGGAAGCUAUAUUUCUUUUCCUAUAUAUUGUUAUGUAUUCCAUUUUAUCACGCUGUGUAACAAAACUGCAUGUGUUUAAAAUAUAUAUGACUCAUUGAGCAAUUCACUUCAAAUACACACACACACACAUACACAAUUAAAAAUAAUUUAUACAUGGAUAAUCCUGGUUUCAUAUUACUAUACUAGUUAUGGAGUCAGAUCUAAAAUGUGCAAUAUGCCACAGCCUUGAUCUACUUCAUACAGAAUUGUGGGAGACACUGGGCUUGAAGAACACAUGCAGACAUGGAUGUUUCUGGUGUGGCCUGUAAAAAGUCACUCUAAAUAAGCCUGUGCAGGAUCACAAACUAUUCUAGGAUCUUGUAAUUUUGAAGAAACAAGAGAUAUAACUUCGCAGGGAAGAGGGAACCUUGUAAAGGGUUGCCAGAGCACUUCUAUUUAAAUCACAACGCAAGAGACAAGAGGUCUGAGUCCCUAAGAGGAGCUCUCAGACUGUCUCAGUUUGGGCCUAUCAGAUGCAGAUUCCAGAGGGGAUGUGCAGCACACAUCAUUCAUAAAGUCUGUGGCUGUUCAAGUCCUAUCAGGGAAAGCCUUUCCCCACAACCUUUAAGGCUCUUCAUAGUCUACACAUAUCCAUAGGAUGAUGCAUCUCAGAGCUAUGUCACACAAUAAUGCUGUGCAAAUGAUAAGUGUGUGGAACUUUACCAUGUCCUUAGAAGGGGAAAGCUGUGACUAUAGAACAGCAGGAGAAUCUUCUCAGUGGGGCUGGAAUAGCAGCCCACGGAGAUAGUAUUAGCAUACCAUAAUUUCCCCAUAUACUGCCCUUCAGGCUUUGUGUUUCUUAUAGCCCAUUUGAUUCUGCCAUUUAAAUCAUGUUGGCAUAUUUUUCAGUUUGUGCCCUUUCAAAUGUGUGAUAAAUAUUUUAUCUGAGCAUUCGUUACGUAAUUUUAUAUACAUUCCCAAGAUUCAUGAAAGGAUUUGACACUUGCUAAUUUCCAUUUGUUUCUUUUAAUUAUUCAUUCCCUAUUUGAGAUAAAAUGUUUUGGAUUCAUUGCCUCCUCUGUAGGUUCCAUAACUUUGUGUUGAAGGUACAGAUGUUGAAUUGAAUUCAAGUUAUAUAAAGCCUGUAAUCGAUGCAUAUGCUUUCCUGCUGCCUGUGACAAUAACAGAAGUUGCUUAGUUUUUAAUCAGAUAUUUCUCUCUCCUGUUGACUUUUCCUCUAGGGUUCAUUGUGCCACUUGCUCUCAUUUUCUGGGCUGAGAAAUCAUGACACUGAUAUCAACAACUUUAUUUCAACUCUUGGGUUCACGUCUGCAGAUUACUAUUCUAAAUUAAUUGAAAAUGUGAGUACUUAGUACAUUUAACCUUUAGCUACAAGCAUGGUCGAUUGUAUCAGGAGCCUACAAAUGUGCUUAUCAUGCUUGCCAUGGCAACUGUUGGCAAGUGCCCCUUUUCAUCUUUGCCUUCAUGGAGUGCUUCAGAAGCAUGCAAAAUGCCUUUGUAAAUUCAGUGUGUUAGUUCAGAGCCAUUCUCUAAGCCAAUUGACACAUUAUGUUGCCAUAGAAGCUUGAGAGAUGGAGGAACAUAUAAGAAAUCGCACAAGAUUAAGAGAAAGGCAGCCACUUCUUAGCUAGAGUUUAUUUGUCAAGGAUGUCUGAUAACCAUUCCCCCACCUUGCAGAGAGUACAAGGACAGUGAGAAGGGGGAAAGUACUUAGCACUCCUCCAGCCUCCCCUGCCUAGAGGGACAACUUGUUAGCCACCUUCAGUCUCUUUGAAGAGAGUUAGGUGUGAUAUAAGUUUUUAAAAUAAAACAAAUAAAUUCCACCCAUGGUUUCUUUUCAGUUCUUGAUUUAUGGUCAAGACCACAGGUCACAAAAAGUACAGAGAUUAUUAAUUCACUUGGAGAUGCAAAUCAUAACAACGAGAAAAUACUACUUUUUUGUAAAUAAUUUUUAUUAAUUUUUCAUUAAUAACACUCCAAUUGAUAGAAUACCAAAUCUUGCCACAUCAUAAUACUACGAGAAAAUACUACUGAUGCAACCUUCACUGAAAUAUGUCUUUCUUUGUAACAUGUAACAAACUACAAGAAAGAAGAUUCCACCUAAACAUUAGGAAGAACUUCCUGACAGUAAGAGCUGUUUGACAGUGGAAUUUGCUGCCAAGGAGUGUGGUGGAGUCUCCUUCUUUGGAGGUCUUUAAGCAGAGGCUUGACAACCAUAUGUCAGGAGUGCUCUGAUGGUGUUUCCUGCUUGGCAGGGGGUUGGACUCGAUGGCCCUUGUGGUCUCUUCCAACUCUAUGAUUCUAUGAUUCUAACAUGUGAUUGACUUUAUUAAACAGGUGGUCUUAUCAUUAGUGACAGAACUCAGCAGAAAUCAGUUUAAUAGAGUUAACAGACAACAAAGGUUAGUAUUAUCUUUCUGUGAUUUUAGUAUAUAGAUGACUAGAAUGAAUGUUCUGUUUCUUUUGUGGAAAAGCACUUAUACUGAAAAAAAACAUUAAAUAUGUCUAUUUCAAACUGUUCUUAAACAUUAUUUUUGUAGUAAGUAUAUUACUUAGCAAAACAGCUCACAGUGAAUCCUCAACCUGCACUGCAACGGUGCCUUUCUCCCAGCUAAAAUCACAGACAAUUGUACUAGCUAAUUGAACAUUGCAUCAUCCUUCAGUAUUUUACUUGAUUCAACUGCAACUCACCCCAAUCAGUGUUUCAUGAUAAUCUUCCCUUGAGCCUGUGAGCAAUUGGGGGACCAUGUUCUGCAGUAUUUAGUUACUGAACUGUCUACAAAGGCAACCCAAGGUAAAGCACAUUGCAGUAAUCUAAUAUUGAGGUUACCAAAGCAUAGAUAGAUCACUGCAACCAGAUUAUCUCAGAUAGGGUCAUAGUUUGGCAGUUGAUGGAAAGCACUUCACACAACCAAUACCAGUUCUGCCUCAAGUGGCAGUGGCAGACCGGUUGUCUUUGCAUAUUUUAUUUCACAUGCCUCACAGCUCAAACAAUGUUAUCUGUUUCUAUAUCGAGCCAUAGCCAUGCAGCCAAUGUUCUGCUCCAGGUAUAGCACUUUACUGCUCCCCACUGCAGCUAAGUCAUGCAGCAGCUCAUCUUGUAUAUACGCUUGCAGAUUUGAAUGAGCUUUGUUUUCUUUAAAUGUAGAUUUUACUACUCCAAUAAUGCAGGGCAUUUCUCCAGUAAUCUCCAUUACUGAAACUAUACUCCUAUUGCUUGGAGACUUGAUUUUACAGUUUUUGUCUGUCCACUUGGAAACCAUGGAAAUUAGAUUGCAUUGUGCACAAAUCACAGAAUCAUGGAAAAGAGCCAGAGAAAGUUCAUGUUUCUUUCAGCUGCACACCUGAUGUCAGUCAAUAGCAAAAUUUCUGUUGAGUUAGGAUUUCACUGUGAAUCUGCUGAAAGCUCUGUCAUGGGUAAUAUGUCUCUGGUGUUCUCUUGAGCAUUGUUCUAUACAAGUCCAAGUGUUUAUUGUUGUCAGAGCCUGAACAUAUGAAUGUAAUUGAGGUAUGUAAUGUGUUGUGAAUGUAGCUGCAUUUCAAAUAAAUAUUUAAUUUUUUUAUUUUUAUUUUUAUUUUAUUUAUUUUGCUAGUCCUUAGGAUAAAAAUGUCUUCCUUUUAGCUACAAGUAGGUAUUUGUUCUAGUUCUCUGUGUUUAAUGUUUUAGAAAAGUAGAAAUAUAACCGUUUCAUCCUACAAAAGAAACCUUAUUUUGUUUCUCCAGUAUGUCUUCACGAGUAAAAUCCAUAUCCCUUCUCUGUAUACCUCUUAUUACAUUGCCUGAUGUAAUGCCACUGCUGGAAGCGCUUCUUAGCUAUCAUGAAGACAGAUCACAAGAGGUCCUCCAUACUGAAUUUUUAGAAGCGGUGAAUGAGGCUGUGUUACAGUAAGUAGCCUAAAAACACCCCAGUUCCCCUUUCAUUGAAAUUAUGGUUAACCAUCUGUUGAAAUUUCAUGUUUGAUUCUUCUGAUAUCUACCGUAUUGGAACAGCAUACAGUGGUACCUCAGGUUACAUACGCUUCAGGUUACAUAUGCUUCAGGUUACAGACUCCGCUAACCCAGAAAUAGUGCUUCAGGUUAAGAACUUUGCUUCAGGAUGAGAACAGAGAUUGUGCUCUGGCGGCGUAGCGGCAGCAGGAAGCCCCAUUAGCUAAAGUGGUGCUUCAGGUUAAGAACAGUUUCAGGUUAAGAACGGACCUCCGGAACGAAUUAAGUACUUAACCUGAGGUACCACUGUAUAUUCAUUCCAUAGCACCUCUAUGUAGCUAAUAUACAUGCUUCCAUAUAGGAGUGCACAUGGGCUCACAGAAUGUCUGGCUGCUGUUUGAUCUUACCCUCUUUGACAGGCUUUUGUGUCUCCUGUAUGGUUGAUACAGGUGAACAAAUUUAUUUCUGCUCAUGAAUUGCAUUUUGUGGAUCAGGAAGAGCAUGUUCUCCUUAUGGAUUGCAUCUCUUAGUGAUCACAUUCCUUAAUUCUACCCUGCAGUGACUUUUUGCAGUGAUGAUUCAGGUGAGUCUUUGAAUUUGUUCCGCCUGCUGCCACCCAGCUAUCAACUGAGGUGUUUAGGGCCGGUGAAUGCAUUUUUUAUUGUUCAGGCAAGGAAGUACAGGAGUCUCUGGCAUAGAAAAAUAUGCAAGUCCACUCACAAGAGAGAACAUAGUGAAUGGUUUCUCCUUGCCAAAAAAACCCAGGGAAAUUAUUCAUUAGCACAUUUAUUCCUAAGAAAUCCUGAAUUAUUACUUAGCUUCUUUGAAAACUCAUACAUUUUCUUCUAAUUGACAAUUUCUGCUCUUAAUCAAAGGGGAGUAGUUAAUCACACCCUAUGUGCUCCUGUUGCAUUUCAUGCUUCCGUCCACACCUUUACUUGAAGGGAGAUCCGUUUCUCUCUUUCUUACAGCAUCUUCUCCUUUGUCCUCAGAAUGUCCUGAAAGUGGGCAGCCAGGUACACUUGCCCCAGGCCUUGGAGGGCUAAGCUGUCUGGGGGCCCCCACCAGGGACUGGCUGCUUUUUUGUUUAAGUUUAUAACUUGUAUUCUAACAAGAUUCCUGUUCAGGCUUCAGACAAGCUCUGCACAGGCCUGUUGAAAGGAAAGGAGAGUCUUCUGGUUCCUGACUGAUGUUUUCAUUGUUGGGCUGCCUUUUGCACCAGUGAGUUUUAUAUUUUUGAUGCUGAUGAUACAGAAGCACUCUUAAAUCUGGGAUUCUGAAUGUGGCUCCUGAGUGCACCCACAGAGACCUACCAGGGUACCUGCCAGACACUCUAAUCCCUUCAGCACCAGAUUACAAAGUAUAAAGUUUCAUUUCAUUCUUCCUGCAGUGUCCAAGCUUUCUGAUUAAGACCACCACGGUUCUAACUGGUCAGCACACUUGGAAAAGAGAACAGUUCUCUCUGGGUAGCGUCCAACUAGACAUGAACAGCAAGAGGAAGAAAGCUAUUUCAUUGGGAGGGGGUGGUGUGUUGGCUGGCAGAGAGAGAAGUUUCCUUCUGUGAAAUGGUGGGUGGCUUGCCUUCUACGAAAUGAAAGAUCUGAUAGAGCAAGCAACACUGAGUACAAAGGAGUUGUUUUGCAUUUUGGGGCUCAGGCUCUAUAUUGUCAUUGUGGCCAACCAAAGUUAUGAUUUUGUGUAGCGAUCAAGCCAAUUGAUUAAAAAAAUUAAAGUCGACUACUUCAUAGUAAGUUUUAAAGAUACUCUGUUUUGUCACAUAGCAUCACAUUUAUUUGGGGGCUUGGCUGAUCCACAGGGAAAGGCAAGCUCACUUUAUUAGGAGCACCUGCCCUGCCACAAGGAAGGCCCGAUUCAACACACAUCUAUCUCAAAACAGCAGUGUAUGCAUUAAUGAUGGCAUUAGGGGCCAGACCACACCCCAAACAAGAAGAAGCGUUGCUUUGUUUUGGGAAGAAUGUAUGCCUCUUGGCAUUUUAUGCACCAAAGGGCACCAUGAGAGAGGCAAGCAGUACACCACACAAGAAAAGUAUGUUCUAUCAAAACUGGAUGUACCCCUCAAACUGCAGUCUAUGUCUUUGUAAUGUUUGAAUAAUUCAAACAACUUCAUGAUGAAGCCAACAUAGAAUAUAUCACAACCUUCGGUAUGGGACCAUGGGCUGAAAUUGAUCUGAAACUGAGAAGGUCUGCAGGUAGUGGGAGACAGCAGCAACAUUUCCUGGAAGUGUGAAAGUCAGAUUGUUACCUGUUCACAGUUGUCCACAAGAAGCAGUGAGCCACUGACCAGAAGGAAGAAUUUAGGUUAAGUCAUCUGAAAAAAGCCUGUGAGGGGAGAGGGUGAGGGCGACUGGCUAUUGGUUUAGAAUACGGAAGAGAACUAAUGCAAGGGAGAUAGCAACCAAAGUAUCAUUUAUCAUGCAGCAUGCUAAUAAUCCUAUUAUCUGCUAUUACAAAUAUACGCGGGGACGCGGGUGGCGCUGUGGGUAAAACCUCAGCGCCUAGGACUUGCCGAUCGUAUGGUCGGCGGUUCGAAUCCCCGCGGCGGGGUGAGCUCCCGUCGUUCGGUCCCAGCUCCUGCCCACCCAGCAGUUCGAAAGCACCCUUAAGUGCAAGUAGAUAAAUAGGUACUGCUUUAUAGCGGGAAGGUAAACGGCGUUUCCGUGUGCUGCGCUGGUGCUGGCUCGCCAGCUGCAGCUUCGUCACGCUGGCCACGUGACCCGGAAGUGUCUUCGGACGGCGCCGGCUCCCGGCCUCUUAAGCGAGAUGAGCGCGCAACCCUAGAGUCGGACACGACUGGCCCGUACGGGCAGGGGUACCUUUACCUUUAUGCUAAUAAUCCUAUUAUCUGCUAUUACAAAUAUUAAUAAAUCAUAUUUAACUCUCCUGAUCUAUUAGUUCCUUAGCUUAAACUUAGGUACUGUGUGAUCAUUGGCAAAUAAGGUAAUAUAUAGAAUUAAAUGGUGUCAGCAGAGAUUAAAGGAAUAAGAAAAGCAGGCACCUUCAAUAUGCACUGAAGGGUCCUGUCUGAAAUAACUUAAAGGUGAGAUCUUAUAACUAGAGAUAAUAUAAUGAAAAGUAACAAGCCACCACACCCUCAUUUCCCACCCUAAUUACAUCCAAGUUUAACUAAGCAAUGUUACAAGAUGUACAGCAGAGCCCAUAUGUAUUCCUACACACGCUCUCAAGAGGUUUAAGAACCUAAACUGUUAGAUUAAAUGUAUGUCCACUAUGACUAUGUUCCCCAUCCUUGUGCCCACAAAAAGUCCACACAUCUGAGGAAUACAUAAAGAUUGGAUUAUUCCUUGAAAUAAGAGUAACAGAAUAUGGCUGCUGCUUUUAGACAGCAAAGUUACAAUAUAAGUGGGCAGCAUACCACCUUGAUCUUGAGAGUAAAAAGAUGUUCUAACUCCAAAAGCCUGGAGAGUGAGUGUGAUUGUUUGCCGCAGUACCCACAAUAAAGUGAUGUGAGAAAGGGUGGAGAAGGGGUAUACCUGUCCUGAAGUAAGCAGAACUUAAAUCAGUGGUGUGUUUUUUUAAAAAAAAGAUAUUUAUUAAGAUUUUCAGAAUAUUACAACAUAGAAAAAGAAAUAAGAAAAAUACAAAAGAAAAAUACAAAAUAAAAGUAGUUAAAAACAGUUCAGUCUUUCAAUCACUUAUCUUCAUUUGCUUAUUUCCCGGACCUCCUCACGCCUCCCUUUUCUGUAUUCCAAUUCCGUUUGUUGGUUCAACAAAUCCCUCCCCUCUUUGUUUAUCCUAGUCUUCAAUCUUAAAGUAUUAUAACCUUAAAUUUUUGCCUGAUAAUAGUCCAUUUUUUCAUAUUCCCUUAUAACAUUACAGCCAAAGACCACUUAGUUUCUAUCCAACAUCAUUCUAACAUUCAUCAAUUUUACAAUAUUUCUGUAAAUAGUCUUUGAACUUUUUCCAAUCUUCAUCCACCGACUCUUCUCCCUGGUCUCGGAUUCUGCCAGUCAUUUCUGCCAGUUCCAUAUAGUCUAUCACCUUCAUCUGCCAUUCUUCCAAGGUGGGUAGAUCUUGUGUCUUCCAAUACUUUGCGAUGAGUAUUCUUGCUGCUGUUGUGGCAUACAUAAAAAAAGUUCUAUCCUUCUUUGACACCAAUUGGCCGACUAUGCCCAGGAGAAAGGCCUCUGGUUUCUUCAAGAAGGUAUAUUUAAAUACCUUUUUCAGUUCAUUGUAGAUCAUCUCCCAGAAAGCCUUAAUCCUUGGGCACGUCCACCAAAGGUGAAAGAAUGUACCUUCGUUUUCUUCACAUUUUCAACAUUUAUUAUCGGGCAAAUGAUAGAUUUUUGCAAGCUUGACUGGUGUCAUGUACCACCUGUAUAUCAUUUUCAUAAUAUUCUCUCUUAGGGCAUUACAUGCCGUAAAUUUCAUACCUGUGGUCCACAACUGUUCCCAGUCAGCAAACAUAAUAUUAUGUCCAACAUCUUGUGCCCAUUUAAUCAUAGCAGAUUUCACCGUUUCAUCCUGAGUAUUCCAUUUCAACAGCAAGUUAUACAUCUUUGACAAAUUCUUAGUUUUGGGUUCUAACAGUUCUGUUUCUAGUUUUGAUUUUUCCACCUGGAAGCCAAUUUUUUUAUCCAAGUUGUAUGCCUCCAUUAUCUGAUAAUAAUGAAGCCAAUCUCGCACUUUGUUUUUUAAAUUCUCGAUUUCAACUUGUCUCCUUCUUGUUCCAAAAUUUCCCAAUAUUUCGGCCAUUUGGCCUCCAUAUUGAGCCUUUUCUGAGCCUUUGCUUCCAUCGGUGACAACCACCUUGGGGUUUUGUUUUCAAGUAAGUCCUUAUAUCUUAUCCAGACAUUUAACAAUGCUUUCCUGACAAUAUGGUUUUUAAAUGCUGUAUGUGCUUUAACCUUGUCAUACCACAAAUAUGCAUGCCACCCAAAAACAUUGUUGAAACCUUCUAGGUCCAAAAUGUCUGUGUUCUCAAGAAGCAGCCAUUCUUUCAACCAGCAAAAUGCUGCUGAUUCAUAAUAAAGUUUAAGGUCUGGCAGGGCAAAUCCACCUCUGUCCUUUGCAUCAGUUAAUAUUUUAAAUUUUAUUCUGGGCUUCUUGCCCUGCCAGACAAAUCUAGAGAUGUCUCUCUGCCACUUCUUGAAACAGUCCAUUUUGUCCAAGAUUUGCAGUGAUUGAAACAAAAAUAACAUUCUUGGCAAUACAUUCAUCUUUAUAACAGCAAUUCGGCCUAACAAGGAAAGCUUCAAGUUUGACCAUAUCUCUAGAUCCUUUUUCACUUCUGACCAACAUUUCUCAUAAUUGUCUUUAAAUAGGUUUAAAUUCUUAGCAGUCAUGUUAACCCCCAAGUAUUUUACUUUCUUAACCAAUGUUAAACCUGUCUCCUUCUGAAACCUCUCUUUCCUAAAUCAAUGGUUUUGUUUGAGAGUUAGGUUCUCCCCGUCAAUGUACUAUACAUACAAGCCUACAGUGUCGCUCUCUUCCCUUUCUUGGUCCAUGAUCCAGUGAAGUGUGAGGCUGGUCCUUGAGAGUGUAGAGUGAAGGGGGGGGGGGGUUAUUUUUCACAGACAGUUCCAUUUUCUGUGCAAAACUCCAUUUUUUCCUAUAAGAGGUGACAGUUAAACUUUGCUGGUAACAUGGGAUUCAUGUGCUGAUCUUUAUUUUAGGUAUUCAGAGAUCGGAAUAUUUACUCAUGCCUUCCGGUCCAUAUUUAAGAUAUGGACCAGUACAAAGGUUAAAAUAGUUUAAAAUUCAGGGGUAUUUUUUUAUAUUAAAUUAUGCCAACUUCAGUAAUGCCAUGAUUUACAGAAAUAAAUCAUAGACAAAGUUCACAUUAGCACCCAUCAUUAGAACAGAACAAUGUUUCUGGUCAUGGGCAUAGUGUGCUCGCAGUAAGUUGGAAAUGGUUCAUAAAAUGAAGAAAAGGUUGCUAAUUAUUAUUCUUACUGUUCUGUAAUUAUUCUAAUUCCAGCUUGCUUCAGUUAGCACAGCAACUGGAAACAAUUAUGAAAGGGCAAUGAAAAAGGAAAUUCUGGACUUGCAUAUGAUUUUAUGUUCUUUUUAAAGGAAGGAGGGCAGUUUUGUGGUCAGGAAUGUGAACUCUAAGAUUAAAAUGGAGGAGGAGAAAAUCUCAUUCACAACCAGACACUGGAAACUUAGAGCAGGGGUUCCCAACCUUCUGGGCCCAUUUGGAAAUUUGAGACUGUUUUUGGCCAUCACGAUUGCAAUUUGGGGGGGCAUGAACAAUGGCUUUAUUGCCCUCAUGUCCUGUUUGUGGGUUUCCUCUAGGCAUCUGGUAAGCCAUUGUAGCCAGAAUGCUGGACCAGAUAUGGCCUUGGCUGAUAUAGCAGGGUUGUUACGUUGUUAUGGCACAGCAUGGCUACUGAGGUGGGCAUUGCCAGUCACAAGACAUCUGUUUCAUAGUAGGCUGAGAUGAACAUUUUAUUUAUUUUUCCAAUACAGAAAAAAGAUUUUCUUGCCUGAAUCUGCUGUGCUGCAGUUGUGGCUUCGCCAUCUGCCUGGUCUGGAGAAAGCAGUGCUGCAAAAUCUUGAAGUUCUAAUCUCCACUCAGCCAAGUUCACUGGAAGAGAUGGCAUGCCUGAUAAAAUCUUCCUUAUUGGUAAGUGGGAUGUACUGGCAUUAGAAAACUAUUAAGAUUUUGCUGUUCCUGUUGUACCAAAGGUCCUUUAAAUAUUUCUAAAAUACACAAUAUAAGUAUAUUCAGGAGCAAGCAGUCCAAGUGGUACUUGUAGGCUUUGUGCAUAUGCAAUACUAAAUCAUGGUUUAUUUGUUCAUCUGAAUGUGGCUUCAUGGCUUGACCAUGAAUAAACCACGCUAAUAAACCAUACUUCGGUGGUAGUUUCUAAACCUUGGUUUACAUUAACCAUGGUUUAGCGUUAUGUGCCAACCUGGCCAUAUAGUCCUAGCAAUAAGUAGAAGAGUAAAUAGCAUAAUGAUCCAUGGCUUUAAGGUUUUAAUAUGAGAGUGCAGUAUUAUUAGUAAGAAAAAAGGGUGUGAUUUUCAUUUUUUAAUUGUUUUUAUUGAAAGAUUUUCAGGGCUAACAAAGGUAUAUAUAACCUCUCUGUUUUUAGUUCAUGGAGUCCUAUUGAUGAGUUGACUUCCUGUUAUACAUUUUAACAACACAAUAUUAUUGUUGGCUAAAACUGAUUGUGAAUGCAUCUGUCAAAAAAAGCCUCUAAUUGGGCUGUAAUUAGGGUUGUUUGGUGCUGAGGGAUGGGCCCCUAUCAUCCAGAGCAGCCAGUUAAAGAUGGGUAGGAAGAGAGAGUGGUUUGGAAGCAAGGAUUCUUUUUGUUUCUCAAUAGUUAUAUGCCUCCCCUCCAGGUUACCUUCCCACCCAUCUAGUAGGAAGAACUACUUCAGUUUCAUAACCAGGCAAGAGAUUUUUGCAAUUCCAAGUGCUUUUGUCCUUGGUUUCACAUUAUAAGCCUGCCAUGAAACUGCUUCAAGUGAAAAGGAAGUCUAAACAGUUCCAGUCUAUAGGCAUAAUUUUGGAUUGCCAUUGGAUAUUCAGAGAACCAUAGUCCUUUUAAGAACCAAAGAAAUAAUCCCAGAGAUAAGCCUGUUAUUUUAAGUUACAAUUAAUUUAAAUAAAUAAGCAACCAGGACAGUAAUUGACAAUAUUUCUAAUGCAACCAUGAAUGUAUCUUCAAUAGGGCUUUGCCUGAAUGAUGUAGGACAAUGUUAUAUAUCCGCAUCUUGUAGAAUACAACAUCGAGCAGUAUACAGAGCAGCAACUUUUAAAGUUUAGUCUUGGUAGUGGAAGACUGCUGUGCUUUAUUAUGGAAGAAAUAUGAUACUCAACACUGUUAUAUUAGGGCUCCAAAUGUAAUUAAAGUGUGAUGGUCUAGUAACUUCUAGUUUAUGUGGUGUGCUGUUACUUGUGUUUCCAUCCCUUGGGAAAAAAUGAAAUUGGUAAUGGAAAUUCUAUAGUUACUAGGAAGUAUAAAAACAAAAGAUAAGUGUUAUACAGGUUGCACAUAGUGAAAUGUCCUCUAUAAAUACUGUUUUGCUUUUCAGGAGUAGGUAACACUAGUUCUUUUUCCAGAUGGUUAAAGGUGUGUGCAUAAAACAUACCAAAAUAAUCAGGCAAAUAUCUUGUGUGAACUGCAUGGGGAAGGGAAACAGUUACAGGUAUUGUCAGAAAUUAGUUGUAUGGAUGUUGCAGUCUUUUUGCACUGAUGCCCAGCCACAGGUAUCACCAGAGUGAUUUUCUCAUGAAUGCAAAAGCAUUCUGCUGGCUCACUGGUCUUCUGUGGCCAACUCUGUUCAGUAACACCAGCAGGCAAUGCUUGUGCAACUUGCAACAGCAUGAAAAUUGUUUGCAUAAUAGCAUGAGAAACUGGAGACCUGGGCCCACACAUGGGUAUAUAUCUGCUGGGAUGGACUUUUAGCUCAGUCCACCAGUUAAUUUCAGCUGAGCAACUGCUUUUGGAACACAGUCUGUUCCCAGCUUUCGAUUUGAUGUGAUUUUGUUUUUCAGUCUUGAUAUCUUUGCCUCUUUUGUGUCAAGAGAUCUGAAACUGAUCCCAAGGUGUUCAUCUGCCCCUAAGAUAAUUUAUUGCUCCACAACUGUGAGGAAAACAACAUUAACAAAUGGCCAAUCUUGUGGAUUUUGGGAGUUGACAAAUAUGAGACUUUUGCUGUUUUGUUGUGUUGCUAGAGAAGUGGACAAAGUGUCCCGGCAUUCUGAUGGUAGCAGCUAUUUCAACAAAAGUUAACGUAAAGUAACCAGUUCGGGGUAGGGAUCUCUCCCUGGUCUCUCAUCUUGGAAUCUUUAGUUGAAGCUGCUACUGUUGCUAAAUAGAAACUGGUAAACACACUUGUCCUGUAUCCUGUCUGCAUCAAACAAAGUUGGUUGCAGCUACUCUGACAGUGGUGGCUUCGUUAGAGGACUGAUAGAUGUGGGAAGAGAUCUCUCUGUCUCAGAGUUCUGAAACAGGUGCCACCAUCGGUAAGAGGAGCACUUGGUCCUUUUCCCUUCCUGUGACCUCAGUGUUUGGUGCAGAGUUGAGCUGACAGCAGUAUGAGUGUGCCUUCACAAUGAGUACUAGGGAAGAGGAGAACAAAAGCCUUUAUAGCUCACUGGCUAAAUAUGCACUACAACCUGGUGUAGCACAAGGCUUCAUUUUCUGCCCUUUCCUGGCUACCCAUGUAAAAAGAUGGAGUUCAGAUAGAGAGAGGGGCACUGACAAGGAAAAGCACCUGCCAGUUUCUGAUGCUCUUGGGCUAGUUUAAAUAAAGUCACAUUUCACUUUGUGCAGAUUUUGUCAGAUUCUUUCAGUUGACAGCUUUUUAUUUAGAUUCCACUAACACUGUAUAUUGCUCAAGAGAUUUUCUGUCUUCUGUUAAGAACCCUUUGAGCAUGUAAACAUUCGCUGUAACAUUUCAAAUAGAACACAAUCAGUGUUUGAGACUAAACGUCAGCUAAGCUUAACUUCAACAGAAAGUUGUAGAAUACCAAAAAUCAAUGCAGGUGAUACUGCAGUGCAAGUCCACGUGACAUCAAUUUAUUGCUAGCUAAACCAAGCUAUUAGUUAAUCUUACAUAGAAUUCUUGACUGGUUCCAAAAUGCAUUUGAUAUUGCAGACUCUGCAAACUAAAAUUACGUAUGGCCAUGAUCAAGCUUACUUAUUAAUAAGUUGUUUGUGUCCAGCAAAGCCUGGUGUUUUAGCUUCACAGCAACUUUAUGAGGUAGAUUAGUUUGAGAACUUCACAGCUGAAAAGGAAUUUGAACUUACAUAGUUCACUUUGGCACUUGCAUAGUCAAACUAACCACCCAUGUGUAAGAAGGCAUCUGUCAGAACUGAGCAUCCUCAUUGGCCAUGAAACAUACUUGUGAAGGAGAAAGGGAAAAUGGGAUAGGGGAUGUGUGAAUGGAAUGGUUAGGAUCCUGAACAGAAGCAACCCACAGUGCAACAUUUCAUUGCAGGGCCCCACUUGUACACUUUUAUUACCAAUCUCAGUUCUCCGAGUGCUGAUCCAUCCGAGUGUGGGCCAUCCACCCACACAAAGGAGCUAUCAGUAGGCUUGGGGGAGCCACAAGAUUUGAAAAAGUGCAAAAAAUCUUUAGCGGGGGGAAACCACAAAACCAUUCCACAAGUAGUGAGGAUGCUCAGUGGUCCCACAAUGAUAAUUGACUAUUGGGGGGAGUGGCUAGAAUCCUGAAUGGCAGCACUCUACAGUGUAACAUUUUGUUAUGGAUCAACUUUUUCCGUACUGUGUUUAAAUAUGUGUAUGUGUGUGUGUGUGCGCGCGCGCGUGUGUGCUACUCUUCUUGGCAAAGAAAGGUGAAAAUGCAUGAGCAUUGCUAAAGUUAAGGAAGUGUUAAAGGCUGUCUAGUAAAUAAGAUUCUAUGGUAUGGUUAAAAAAGAUAGUGGUGUUAACCUUAAUAUGAAAACUACCAGCCUCCAAACUGUACAAAUAUGUGAAACUGAGCAGUCUAGUAGCAGUUACUUUGUGCAAGAAAGGCACUAGACCUCCUGCCUACAUUUUGUCAUUUUAACAUAUAUCACCCAAUUCACUUUCAAAAGGAAUUUGGAAAUGACAGUUCUUCAACAAUCUGUAAUUUUUAUUUUUUUAAUUUUUUUUAGAAAUACGUGAUAAAGCCAGCUGUGAAUAGUCAUGAACACUAGGUGGCAUACAUUUAAUAUGAUAACUUAAAUGCAACUAUAUGGCAAAACACUGGAGUACAACAUGAAAAUGAGGUGACAUGUAAUCUUUUCAAUAUGAUAGUGACAUGUGAGGAAAAAUGAGAAGAUGUUUAGACUAACGGUUCUCUUCUCAUUUCCGCCUUUAUGCUUUGUGAGAUCUAUACUUCCUCAAAAUAUUUUCCCCUGUGUAGCUGGCUUGGCUACAUGAAUAUUUGCUUUGAGCACUUGGAGUGGAGCUUUCCCAACAUGAAAGUUGGAUGGAACAAUUUCUGUUUGCUCAGUGCUCCAAGUUGGGGCAGCUAGUCAUAAAAACUGUCUGGAAAGCCAUUAACCCAUCUUUUUAUCCUGUGGCUGAUUUUCUUUAAAAAGAAACGAAAAAAUAUAAGAAAGUGGACUUUGCAUCAAUAAGGUGAAUUUGUGUAUUGUAAAUAUUAGUAUCUUUUGAAUGCUGAUAUUCAUUAAUUUUUAACUUUGAGAGUAAUAGUAAAAGUUAAAAAUAACCUCUGACAGUCACUGAUAAAUCUCAGAUGAAACAGUCUUUAGCUAAGGACCAAAUUGAUACAGAACUUUUACUAAAUCAUAUUGUUAAACACCCAAAACAAGCCUCAUGACAGCAUCAUUUCAGAUAUUUACCUGCCUCCUGUGAAUUUGGUUACAUAGACCUUAGAAAUAGACAUUCAAAUCUAUAAUGGAUAUGAAAAAUGAACCCUGGGAAAACCAAUGGUACUUUGGGGAAACUUUUAUACCUGUUAAAGGUUUGAUAACACUCACCCACAAGUAUGGGGCCACAUUGCUCGGAAUAGACCCAUGGAAAUGUAUGGCUAUGAUCAGCUUAGGUCAGUUAAUACUCUUACUAAGCCCCUUUCCAAUUUGCUUUAGCCUUCCAGAGCAGAUUUCUGGUUAAGGGUUAGGAAAGAGGGGCUGCAAGAGAGGGGAAUUUGCUGAAAAAUGCUUCUUCCCCAUUCUGCCAAGCCCUGUAUGAUAGCCCACAAGAAUAAAGUGUACAUCCUAGAACACUCAGAAUCCUCAGCAACACGCAAGGGUUCCAUAGCAGGUAAGUUAAUGUGUCAAGUGUUUCAUGAAGUUAGAAAGUUUAAACCAUUGUCCUUGGAAAUUCAAAGACUAGGUAAUUAACACAACAGGCUUGGAAAGGGUCCCUCCCACCCCCCGCUGUUUGGUUUUUUAACAUGUUAACAGUAAUAUAAAUUGUGACCCUACUGGAUUCUCUUCUCCUUUUUGGGGGGGGGGGAGUAGUGUAUUGCAUCAUGGUCUCUAGAAGUUAUGCAUCUUUUAUUUUAUUUUUUACUAAUUUCAGUAGCUUGAAAACAACCAGGCUCUCAUCAUUAAUUUCCAGUUUCCAUUUUUAUUGUAACAAACCAUCCUCACUUGCUUAACGUCACUGUUAGUCUCAGUCAUUCCCCUGAAGUCACUGCAUCAUGGGAGAGAAGAAGCACAUGUAAGUUAUUGGACUAAGAUAGCCUUCUCCAACCUGGUGCCCUACUAUUGUUUCGGACUAUCAGCUCCAAUCUAUCGAGAACUAUAUUCGAGUUACAUGCUUUGGUGACCAGCUGUUGUUUGUCUUGUUGCUUUGUGUUGAGUUUAUGAUACAAGCUCUGUCUAAACUAUCUUACUUGCUCUUUUGUUAUUUGCAACAGCACCAAGCUGCAUGUCAUCCGGCUGUCUUCAGAACUAUAGACGAAAUUUUCAAGUAAGAUUACAUACAAUUUACGUGGAAGGAUUUUGCCUAUCCAUCCCAAAUCAGUAAACAAUAUAGAACUGCAUUAGAAUGUCCCAGCGUUCCCAUAUUUUAAAUAUGGUGCAUCUUGUGAUAGCAUUCACAAAAUUAUGAAGAAUUUCUUAAUAUCGAGAAUCUGAUCCACAGAACAACAUACGGAGCUCAGUUCCACUGCUGGCUAUUCAAGGCAAAGAAUUAAAUGCAAGAUGUUGUAUAACUGAUAGUAGAAAAACCAGCCUGUGCUUGAGGUACUUACAUACACAUUUUAUCAUAGCAGCCCCCACCCCAUGCAAGUCCAAGUAUAAUGGAAUCCAUUUUUGUUUAAUUGUUUGAUUCCACUACAUGCCACAAAGAUACUGGUUUUUGAAAUUUAUCUACCCAUGAAAACUAAAUAAGUUGUAGAAUUCAAAAGUGGCAAGGAAUAUUCAGGAAAAGAAAUUUGAAUGAUCUUGAGGGAAGUGGUUUUCUUUUACAAUUAUUUUCAUUUCAGAUAGUUUGAAGGGGUAUCAAAUCAAUAAUUAGCCUGUCUUUGAGUUCUGAACUUGAGAGGGAGCUUUAGGAGCAAAUCCCUGGCUAAAUAUGGACGUGCUAAAAAUGAACUCUUCCCCCACUCAACAAUUCAGAAAUCACUGAGCCAUUUACCCCUCCCUGUUUUGGAUUUGCUUGUGGUGUAACCCUCCAUCAGUUCUAGAGUUCUCUGCUGCCCAUUCCUCUCCUCUCCCUACUUUCUGGACAUACUAAGCUGCAGGAUGGGGAAAGAAACCUGUAGCAGCAAAGACUGGCAGCAGGAGAGCUUGUCCUAAGUUUCUCUUGUUUUUAUCUGCAGUUAGAACUUAUGAGAUGCUCAGAACCUCCAUUGUUGAUAGGAAUUUGGGGAAAUUCCUAAUUCCUUAGAAGGAAGAUUUUCAAAAACAAAACUAGUGUCCAGAGUUCUCCUUGUCGGUAGACACUGAGCAUGCAGGCACUACAGACUGGAAGCAUGGGAACUAAGGGUGAGCUCUCACCUUUGGAGACCAGGUGAGGAGAGGUAGCAGAGACAUCAGAUGAGUUCUUUCAAAGCUUCUGAUGAAUGUUGGAAGGUUGCCCAAGCUUUCUCCAAGUAAACUUGAAAAGAAUGAAUCACUUACAAAUCAAGAUGGGGGAACGAGAGCGGAAAUGUCCUAGUGCACACAAAUAAAUCAUAAUCCACAUACAAAAUGCCUAUUGCGCAUCAACAGUAUUAAUAUGACAGCAAAAACAGAUAUGCUGAAGAGUUGGGAGAAUGAGGAUUAGGGAAGAUGGAAACAUGUUUAACCAGAGCCAGGGGAUGAGCUCAGAGGUUUGAUGCCACCAAACAAUAGCUGUGCCAUUUCUUCCUUUCAUGUCCCUGCUUCCAGAGCAAACUCUAGUAUGAGAUUUAAUAUGUAAAAAACUGAGCAACUAGAUACUGUGUUUACAGUUGUAGCUGGAGGGUUUGCAGUUGCCAAAACAAGGUAAAACAAUUGUAGCUUGACAUUGGAUUUGUAAUAACAGCAAUUAUAUUGCAGAAUGGUAUUUGUAUGUUCAUUUAAAAAAAAGAAGAAGAAGCAAAGUGAAGUUAGUGUUUUUAUUUCCCAGGUUGCAUAAUAGCUAGAUAGGUUUAAGACCACAGCCCAAGGCAUGGGAAGAAUGCUCUCAUUUGUUUUUACCUUCUCUCAAUUAAUGGUUGCAUGAUUGGCACACUCAUAAUCUGACCUGUCAUACUUAAACUUUUUGCUGCUCAGGAAUGCACUGCUGGAAACUGAUGGAGCACCAGAAGUAAUGACCGUAAUGCAGGUAUUUACACAGUGCUUUGUUCAAGCAUACCACAAGAAUAAUAAGCAGGUUAGUUGAAUUCCAUUUUUCAUUAUUAUUUUUUUAAAUGAGAUGCUUCAAAAUGUAGUAUAAAAAACAAUUUUAGGUUGCAAAGUGCUAAAAGAAUACAAUGAGCAAAAUAAUGCCUUGCUGCUAUAGUAAAUGAACGCUAAGAUAAAUCUGAGGUGUCUUAAAUGGAAUCAAAUGUAAGAGGGUUUUUUAGGGGGAGGAGGCUUAAUCCACAAAUUAUUUUCACAGCAUUAAUUCACAAUUGUAGAUUAUAUACUUGUACAAGUUAUAAGAAACUGUCCAUUUGACAAAACUAUGCUUUUUAUUUCUGUACUACAUCAUGAAUCUAGUGUGCCUUUCCGCCUCAUAGGGAUGUCUGCUAGUUAAUGAUCUCUCUUUUCUCACAAACACACACUCUCUCAACAAAUAUUAAUGAAUAAAUAUUCUAGAUUUACACCUAGAAAAACUGUAACAACUUGACCCUACUUCUUAACACCCUCAUGUAACGUCUGAUUCUUCCCUAUAGUUUUGUACCUGUAGUACCAUUGGGAUUACUUCAUUUUCCUUUAGGCGACCAAAGUAUCCAUACUUGGUAGUCUGAUGCUUUAGUUUGGGGCCACAUAAUCUUUUCAGGUUUUACUCCCAUAAAACUUUUCAGAGAACCAAAUACUGCAUUGUGACUUUUAAAUUUUAUUGGGGGAACUGUUAGUUAGUGAAAAGAUGGGUCUUACUGGAACUAGUACAGUAAUUGACUAAUUAGCAUUGUGAUUAAAUCUCUCUUUUAGUUUCAAAAGGUAUAAAUUAGAGUUGAAAUUGCAGCUGUCUCAGUUAAUAUGUACAGAUGCCACUCCCAUUAAUUUUAUGCAGCUUUAUUUCUAUGGCAGCAGCACAUUUUGCAGCCUCAGGGUGGCGGGGGCGACUGAGUGGAGAAUGUAAUCCAAGAUCCCACGCACCCUUCAAAUAGCUAGGAGCCAACUAUGCUGUAGAGGUUGUUUGUGUGCUUUGUUGUUAAGCUCUUUUUAAAACAUUAACUAGAUCUUCUAUAUGUUGUUUGCAUGAGAUUUCAUUUUCACUCUUUAUUAGAGAAGAGAAAUACUUGGCUGUGCUUGCAGGAGUGCUUGCAGCUUUUUAACUGGACAUGUCUUGAGUUCUGUACAAAUCUUUAAUGUAGAGGAUGACUGCAAAACAGUUAGAAUUUCUCUAAAUUUUUGUGUAUAUGGAUAUAAAAUAUAUGGACAACUUCUGCUGGAAACAAAAUGUUGUUUUGUUCAUUCAGCCUUGUGAGUACCACAUGCUAGUCUUGUAACCAUAUGCAAUUGUUGUGGGCAGAUAUGUUCAGGAAGUUCAGAUAGUAAUAUUACAGAAAAACUCACUCACAAAAAAUGCUACAAUGCUAGACUAUCUACAUGUGUGCUGCAUUCACACAUCUUGGUUAGCCAUAAACCAUAGUUUACUGUGCAUUUCUUUCCUUUCCUCCCAGCUCACUCUGGGAAGGAAACCAAGACAAACCAGGGAAGGUUUGCUUUUGGGUUACUGAUUGCAAAACAAAUAAUGAUCCCUGGAUCAAAUACAACUCUCAGCUUGGGAUCAUGGUUUUUUCCCUCUAGAUCACCCCUUACAACUCACCAGUUCUAUGUUGACAUGGAAAGGAUUUUUAAAAAGUUGGCUAGGAGGACUUUGAGCAAAGUUGUGAGGUUUGUGGCAUUGUAAGAAUGCAAUCUGUAGGGUUCAUUUCCUUCAAUAUGAAUAGCAUGUUUUGUGCUGUAUUUGCAUAUUUUCUGAUGGGGCAAGUUUUAAGAACUAGUCCAUAAGUGAUACUUGUAUUGACUUUCUUUUAGCUUAAGUUUCCACUGAAGGCCUACUUUCCUAAUAAUCCUCAUUCACUUGUGAUGGCUUUCCUUAAACAUCCCUCAGGUAAGAUCAGCUAUGAAGUGCUUUCCAUAUUACCAGCUGUGUUUAUUUUUGAGAUUGAUGUACUGUAUUACAAAUCCUCUAGUUUCUUAAGAAUUUUCUCUAAUACAAAAUAGUGCAUAUUUUGGUUUUCACUUCAAAUGGCUCCUAUUAAUAUUUAUCUUUUAGACUUGCCAGCUACUGGUUUGCAUCAACACUUGACCCACAUUGCAGAAAUGCUCAAAGCAGCAGUAGAAGCCAAGUGCACUGGGUAAGCAACAGUAGCAAUGGUUUCUUUUUUGGCUUUUUCCCUUUUUCUUUUAUUUUGGGAAUGCCAUUGGCUUGGGAUAGCUUGAUGGUUUAAAUUUCAUUCCCUUUAGUUUUGAUUUAUUACUGGAUUGGUUUAAAAAACAACAAGGCAAGCUUGAAAUUAAACAAAUGGGAAGACAUUAGUAGCCCAGACCAUUCAUAUAUUGCUGUCUUAGAGCACUCUUGUCUACAAGGGCUUCCCAUUUAGUUCAGUGGGGUAGCAUCUUCUGUGCUCAAAAAUACAGCAGGUGGAGCUGUCUGUUUGCAUGGAACCGUGAGUGGGGAACCCUUUUCAGCCUGAGAACUGCAUUCCCUGGUGGCUAAUCUUUUGGGUAGCGGGUGAGGCCAAAACAAAAUGAGUUUAGCCAAAGCAGGAAUGGGAGGUUUGCAUCAUAAUCUCUCAUUGCUGCAAGCCAGAUUUUCUUGAGUGUAAUGACAGCAAGAUUGGGCUCAGAAGGUGAGCAAAAUCCUUGACCAGGAUCAUAUGGGAAGGAAAUGAUUCCUGAGAUAUGCUGUUCCCUAGUGAUGAUUUUUCAAUUGCUCAUUUUUCCAGUUCUCAGUUUGCUGCAUUUUUGUAUUGGUUUCUGGUUUGUGGGGGUGGGGGGUUAAAGAUGUCCUCAUGAAAUUUUGUCGUCUUUUAGUGUGCAUUUCUCUUAAAACACUUUCCCCCUCCAAGCAAAUUCCCCUACAAUACUGCAUUUCUGCAUGUUGUUUUCACUAAUAUAUUCACUAUCAUGUAUACUUUCACCUAAUAUGUGUAUGUUUAUAUACUCUUAUUUGGUUGGGGAUCUGCAUUGCUUUUAAGCAGUAUUUCAGUUUGCAUAUUUCAGAAAGUGCAAAUUGGGCAAGUUUGAAUUAAAAUAUGAAGCAAAUUAAAUUUGGAGUCUUAAAGAUAAAAGCUAACACCUUGAAUUGAGUCCAGAUACAAAGUGAAAGUUAGUGAAACUAAACUAGCGUAACUGGAAGUGAUUUGGACACAAACUACCAUGGUCAAGUCAGCCUUCUCUAGGAAAUGGUGGUGUUUGUGAACCAGAGUUGGUAAAAAGCAUUUCUGGCUACUGUUGUCUGUACUGUACAUAUAAGCAGCAACAGGUCCAGAAAUACCACAACUCUAUGAACCGGGUGCUUCUGGGCAGUGCACUGCUGACCAGCAGUGGAGUUCCAGGGUUUCAGGAAGGAGUCACUUCAAGUCUAACCUGGAAAUUCCAGGAAUUGAAUUUGGGACUUUCUAUAUGCGUAGGGACGCGCUGUGGGUGGCGCUGUGGGUAAAAGCCUCAGCGCCUAGGGCUUGCCGAUCGAAAGGUCGGCGGUUCGAAUCCCCGCGGCGGGGUGCGCUCCCGUUGCUCGGUCCCAGCACCUGCCAACCUAGCAGUUCGAAAGCACCCCCGGGUGCAAGUAGAUAAAUAGGGACCGCUUACUGGCGGGAAGGUAAACGGCGUUUCCGUGUGCUGCGCUGGCUCGCCAGAUGCAGCUUGUCACGCUGGCCACGUGACCCGGAAGUGUCUCCGGACAGCGCUGGCCCCCGGCAUCUUGAGUCAGAUGGGCGCACAACCCUAGAGUCUGUCAAGACUGGCCCGUACGGGCAGGGGUACCUUUACCUUUACCUUAUAUGCGUAGCACAUGGUCCACCACUGAGCUAUGGCCCUUGCACAGUUAUGUUGUCUAUAUUUUUUAUGUCAAGAGUUGUUGUGUUAUGUCAGGUUUUAUCUUUUGCUUUGCUUUGGAUGGAUAGUUGAUCUGAAAACUGGCCUAAAAUAUUUAAAAUAAAAUACAUAUAAAUAAAUAACUAUGGCCGGCUCCUCAAACACUAUACAGUGGUACCUCGGGUUACAAACACUUCAGGUUACAGACUCCGCUAACCCGGAAGUAGUACCUCAGGUUAAGAACUUUGCCCCAGGAUGAGAACAGAAAUUGUGCGCCGGCGAUGCACUGGCAGCGGGAGGCCCCAUUAGCUAAAGUGGUACCACAGGUUAAGAACGGUUUCAGCUUAAGAACGGACCUCAGGAAUUAGGUUCGUAACCAGAGGUACCACUGUAAUCUCGUAACAGAAAUGAGAAACAAAAGUUUGUGUUUCAUUUGCAUGUAAAAGUUGUUCAAGGCAGAAGAGUUUUCAAAGUGCAGUUUUAAGAAAAAUUUGUGAGCUAUCUUUUUUAUUAUUUAAGUGCAUAUUGGAAAUUAAUUGCUAGAUACCUCUCUGCUGAAGGAAUUACUUUUCCUGUUAUGAAAUAUUAUUAUUGUACUGCCAUGGAUUGCCUUGCCUCAUGUGCAGAUAAGACUGCACAGGUUCCAAAUGAGCACCUCUUGGGAAUCUAUGAUGAAAUUUAAAAUUAUAAUUAAUGGAAAAACUGAAAUACAUUUUGUGCUAUUCCAGAUAUUGUGGAGACCUCUUUGAGAACUGGUUUUUGUUUGUUCAUUUUGGAGAAUGGGCUGAUAUCGCAGCAGAGCAGUUGUUGUCACAAGUGGAAUCCUCAGAUGCUUUGUUGUGGCUUUUGGCAUUUUACUAUUAUCCAGGUGAAGAGAAUCGGCGGAGAACUCAAACAAUGGUGGGUAGUUCUAUCUAUGCGUGUGAGAAUUCAGUAAUCGCCCAUAUGUCUGAAAUGUGAGGCAUUGGUGUAGAAGAAAUAUUUUGCCACAGUUGUUAUUUAAGCCAAGGCUGUAAAGGCUGUAAUUGAAAUUCAGUGAUGAUCGCAAACCCCACUUUCUGCAGGGAUUGGCUCCAUUCAGGAGCUUGGAAAGUGGGCCUUGCCUCUGGCAGGAAAUGUAAAAGGCACUGAAUGCAACACAGUUUUGCCAAGGAAUAAUUGGGAGUGCAUUUGCAGUCAUGGCUUUGCCUGCCCUAUACCUGAUUUCAUAUGACAUCAGGCAGCUGUGACUUAGAGAAAAUGGCCUUUUGGGCCAAAUUAGGACCCCUAGCAGACCUAAUUUGGCCCGUGGCCCAGAUGUCCCCUGUUCCUGGUUUAAGCUUAGAGAUUCUUUCUAAGGAUCUUCCAUUCAUUAAAAUUUCCAGUCACAAGACUUUCUAUUAAGUCUGUUGCUGGCCACAGCAACUCUGCUGUAUCAGUAGUGGAAAAUAACAACAGCUCUGAGGAUUAGACUAUUAGUAGGGCAGGUGAAUAAAAUGCUAGCUGUCCAUUUAGCAUUUAUAAUGUAAUAAUCUCUAUUCAGCUAGCCUUCUACACUGCCAGUUGCCACUCUUGAAUCAUUCACUAGUAAAAUUGUAUAGCUCUUGGCAGUCUCACAGUAUGAUCACGUUAAAACUUUGUGUGGUGGUAACGAGACAGUUCUUCCAUUAUCACCAAUAGCAGUGACAUUAGGUUAACCUUUCCUGUCUAAUAUACCUUUAGAAAUCAUAGUGAUCUUGUGACAAAGGAGCUGCAGGCAUCCUGACUUACCGCCAAGUACCCUUUUCAUAUAAAGACAUGGGAGCUAUUAUUCAGUUAGCCAAUUAGUUGAUUUCUAUCCUGACUUUUUAUCCAGAAAGCUCUCUAAAAUAAUUUAAGUUAAAAAUAAAUGAAACACAAUUAUGUUGGGCUAUUUCUUCCCCUUCCCAACAGCUGGCAUUGUUCUAGGGUAAUGUACACUCUUCGCAUUAGUCCAUUAUGGAUGUUUCCAUCAACUUUAUCCCAUGGCAUUCCUUUGAAUUCUGGCAACUGGGCGGUCUGUUGCCUGACUGUGCACUAUGUGCUCACUGCCCAAAGGCAAAGAGGGACAGAACCAAGGGCUGCUGCAGCUGUGACUCAGGUGACCUGCUAAGUGAUAGCAGUUAUAUGUUCCAUGUUAGUAUGUGUGCUUAUUAAUACCUCUACGUGCCUCUUGUGUUUUGCACAAGUAAGAGUGUACACAGUAAGUUUUCUGUACAUUAAUGGCCUCCCUGAAGUUAAGGGAAUAGUUCUGCUUCUAAUGGUAGUGACAGUAGUAGUAAAAAAUGCAGUGACACUAGAAUGCAGUCUUCUCUUGAUGCAAAAUUGCACUACAGAGGGGAGCCUGGCACCUUCAUUAUGGGCACCACAAAAUAAUAGUAACCUCUGGAAAUUUUAAUUGUCACUUCCUUUACUUACAGAGUCUUCUUUCAUUAAAAUGCUUCCAGGGGUUAGUUCUGUUUACACCUUUUAAUUUCUUUAACCGCUCAUGCCCUAACUUGACCCUUUCCAGUAAAUCUCUCUCCUCCCACACUCCUUUUUCUUCAGUUGCAAAACUGAAAUUAAGGAUAAAAAAGAAAAAAAUUCCUUAAGCAUGUGGUUUUGCAGCCGUUUCCACAGAGAGGAAAAUUUUAACCCCUGAGUAGGCAAAAUAAAAAGAGUGAAACUGCAGUCAUUAUAUACAUGUUGUGGGGGCACCAGAAGUUACAUUAAUGUUGAAAUCAAUUUAUGUAUAAUUACAGAAUGGAAAUAGACCUGUAGAUUUUCUGAGACCAGGGAGGGAUUCUGGAGGAGUGGUUUUAGCACUGCCUCCUUCAAGCUGGCAGGGACCACCCCAUAUUGCAAGGAGGCAUUAAUCUGGCCCAGUCUACUUUGUUACCUUCCCUGCCACUAGUCCUCACCAGUGUUCAAUUUCAUUCGACCAAAGUUUUCCUCCACUUGUGUUUAAACUGUCUCCCAACUUGUUUCCUCAUCCUAAGCUCUGGGGUAUACCAGGAGGCUAAAUGGGUUCCAUGAAGUGAGAGAAAGACGCUCAGGGGUGAUCAUCUCAAUGGCUUGAGCUAUUUGGAUGUCCCAGCCAGGGCUUUGACAGAAGCACCAGCCAUAUCAGCCAGAAAAUCCCCUAUAGCUGUCUGGAAACCCAUUGGACCCAUUAGCCUAUGAUGGCGGCCCAUCCUAAUAGGUCCCCCACCACUGCAGAGGGGAGAAGGUGCUGAAAGCCUAAAUCUGACCAUGACAAGGGGCGAUGUCAAUAUCCCCCACUUUCAGAUUGCCCUCUUCCUGCCCAGUUAAGAAAUCAAGGUCCAGAAUGCAGCCUGUCGCAUUCGUUGGGCCAAUGACAUAGACAUUUUUAAAUCAGGAAGCAUAUUUAUAAAUGUUAACAGAGGGGGAAAGACACAAUACGGAAAUAAAUUGCUUAAAACUAGUGCGCUUAGGGUUGCCAGGAAGGAGAUAUUUUCCAUUUCCUGCCAUGCCUUUUAUGUAGCAAAUAUUUUUAGGUAAUACUUCUUAGGAUCUAGCCAAUAAUUUCCUUUAAUGCACAGACUCUCAAAUCCUGCCUCUGUUUUGGCUCCAGAAGCUGUUUGUUCUGGCUGCUCCAAGAGGGGAAGGUGUGGGGGGGGGAUGUAUUUUAAACAAUACUAGAAGGAAACCAACCCCCCCCCCCGGAUUCAUAUUAGAUUUUUUUUAUCAGACGAAGUCAGAUUGCAUGGGGAUUAAUUGAUUUGUAGCUGCUGUAUUGUCAUGAGCUCUCAAAGAGCCUUCUGUUCUUUUCCCCACAAUAGAACAACCAAACUUCAUUCCACUUUGUGACUUUCACCAUUUCCGUUUACCAAAAAAAGAGAGAGGUCAAACCCUGUAUCAUGGUCCUUGGUACUUAGUUUUUCAAGACUACCAAAAGCGGGGAGUUUCUAGUUCUUUUGAAAUCUUCAUUCUGCUCUUUGUGGUCCAGAAAGUAAAGGAUGCAGAAUCUCUCCCUCUGUGACCCUCCGUCACUGGCCCAGGAAUCAGUUAUGUGCUUUUCUGCAAAUCUCAAGAAAACAAAUGUUUAUCUUUCACCUUGCAAACUUUGAUUCCUUGCAAUGCUUCUCAACAGGUGGAAGCAAGAUCUGUAUGUGACCAUCUGACUGCCCUGUUCAGAAUUCCAACUAUUUCUGUCACAGAUCUGCAGACUGCAGUUAGCAGCGGAACAAAACAAAACAAAUCAAGUAGCAACCUGGUAGUUACACACCUGAUUAUCAGCUUUCUGCUGUUUACUCCUACUGGAUACACAGUAGCCAAAGAAUUUAUUACCCAUGUAAGUAUUUUUCUUCAUUUUUUUACUGAUAGCAAGAUACCUAACAGUGUGAACAAAUAAAAAUUCUGCAGAAUGUCCAUUGUGAACAAGGAAGCCCCUGCUUGUGCCUUAGUUGUGUGUGCACUCAUCACAGCCUCUGUGUCACAUGGUGGAGCAAACCAAAAGGGGGUGUGUACCAUUUUCCUACACCUGGAUUAAAGUUAUGGUGGGGAGAAUUCUGGUUUGAUGAUGAUUAUGAUUAUUUUCCCCAGCCACUCUGGCCAGCUCACAGCAUAUAUCGGAACAUGCUAAAACAUCAAACAUUCAGAUGUCUUCUAAAAGUCCGAUAGUUGUUUAUUUCAUUGACAUCUGAAGGGUGUUCCACCACCAAGAAGGCCCUCUGCCUGGUUCCCUGUAACUACGCUUUUCACAGCAAGGGAACCAGCAGAACACUUUCGGAGAUGGACCUCAAUGUCCGGGCUGACUGAUGGGGGUGGAGAUGCUCCUUCGGGUAUACUGGGCCGAGGCUGUUUCAGGUUCAAAACCGUUGAACUCAGAAAAUUUAGAGUGCUCCUAAAAAUAUUUUUAAAUACCGUAUUUUUCGCCCCAUAGGACGCACUUUUUCCCCUCCAAAAAUGAAGGGGAAAUGUGUGUGCGUCCUAUGGGGCGAAUGCAGGCUUUCGCUGAAGCCUGGAGAGCGAGAGGCAUCGGUGCGCACCGACCCCUCGCUCUCCAGGCUUCAGGAAGCUAUCCGCAAGCCUUGCAAGCCCGGCGGGAGUUCCUGCGGGCUCACAAGGCUUGCGGGCAGCAGCCUGCAGCCCCGGCGAGUGUCCACAAGCCUUGCACGCCCGGUGGGAGGUCCCGCCGAGCGCGCGAGGCUUGGGGUGGCAGCCUGUCGCCCGAAGCACGGGGAGCCCUCCGGAGGGCUCCCGUGCUCGGGCGAGUGUCCGCAAGCCUUGCGCGCCCGGCAGGAAGUCCCGCCGGGCGCUUGAGGCUUGGGGCGGCAGCCUGUCGCCCGAAUCACGGGGAGCCCUCCGGAGGGCUCCCCAUGCUUCGGGCGAGUGUCCACAAGCCUUGCACGCCCGGCGGGAGGUCCCACCGAGCGCGCGAGGCUUGGGGCGACAGCCUGUCGCCCGAAGCACAGGGAGCCCUCCAGAGGGUGCCCCGUGCUUCGGGCAGGUGUGCGCAAGGCUUGGGGCGGCAGCCGCGGCAGGGGGGGGAAAUAAAUUUUUUUUAUUCAUUUCCCCCCCCCCCCCAAAAAAUGAGGUGUGUCCUAUGGGCCGGUGCGCCCUAUAGGACGAAAAAUACGGUAUGUGUUGCGAACUGCAUUGUGGAACCCCCUCCUCUGUGAAGAGGAACUCGUUUCUAGUUUGAAUGCAGAACCGAGAAAAGAGUUAGGUCACCAUAUCACUUUAUUUUUAGAGGGUUAGAAAGUUGCUUUGCUGCCUGCCUUCUUGCAAGGCCCCAAAGGGUUUUUUUCUGAGAUGGGGGGCAGGGUGGAAAAGAGAUGGGGAUUAUUAUCCCUGUCAGUUCACUGACCCAUGUGCUGCUGAAGGUAGCGAGGUGAUGGUGCCUGCAAUGCUACAAUGGGCUUUUCUCCCAAGUUAUGUGUGGAAGUUAGAGAAGCACUGGGGAUGACUUCCCUAGUCACUUUUCUGCCUGUCUGUGUGCAGCUUGAAGACUGUUCUGUUCUGUUGUAAAACCCAAAGAGCUUUUUCUCUUCGUGCUGUAGAUUGGGAUGGUUUCCCUGGUUGUUUUUUCUUUGUCUUCUACAGUGUAAUUUUCUACUAAAUACUAGCAUUUCUACUUUCUCAAUUCUGUUGUUUUUUCUCCCUUUUCAGUUUGUAGUUGCAGGCAGUGAAAUCCCAGAAGUUACUGGUCUUCUAACUCGUCUUGCAAAUAGAGUCAGCCAACUUGGAAUGAAAUAUCAAAGGACUGUAAAGCUGGUGAAUGAUCUCCUCCUAAAACUAAAAUGUGGAUUUUAGUUUUCUUUGUGAUACUCAGCUUGGCCCAAUAGUCAGUCUAACUAAUCAGAACAGCCAGAUGGAGGAUGGAGAGAAGGUAGUUGGUCUUUUUGCUUCCUUAAAUAUGAAAGCGUUUUGUGUCUAUGUGUAUGUACAGUUGAAUGCUAAAGAUAAAAAUAUUGAUAUAGAAGUUGUGAGCAGUAUUAUAUCUGACCUUUCUCAAGUCACUCUCUGAUUUAAUAUGGUUGCAUCCUAAAAGGACCUUCUUCUAAUUAACUUUGUCCCAAAAGUCAUAAGGCUGAAAACAAAAUGUAAUUAUACUGGAGGGUUUUCCUUAUGUAGCUGAAUACCAGUAAAUUUGAAGUGAUAUUUGAGCAUGGAUUGGAUCAAUCUUUUUCUGUCUUUGCGUUGUGAGAGAACUUGUGAGAAAAGCUACAUGAUUAAUGGUGUCUUUCCAUACUCUGGGAGCUAAACAACUGUUUGUUUCUGAGACACUGAUUUGUAAAAUAUAAGCCCUAUCACAAGUGAUUGUUAAUGAUUCCUUUUGAAGUAAAUCCCUGUGUCAGAUUAGUGACCAAUCACCUUCUUAUAUUUCUUCUGAUUCCCCCCCCCCCCAAGGAAGCAGAUCUAUAUUUUGUUAAAAGGGCAUUAGUCAGCAAGUGUACUACGGCAAUGUGCACCACAGACCUUUCUAAACCACAGGCCGCCUUUGAGCAAUGCCAAGAAAAUACUUGUGCAGCUUAGAAAUGAAUUUUGUUUGAUUUUUCCUUCACAACAAGCCUCUUUACACCCUACCAGUCAAUUCGCAUAUUUAGAAGCACCAAGUCAUAAUGUUCCCAAGUUUGCAGUUUAAGAGUCUUCAGUGGGAAGAAAUCGUAGAUUGGUCUGGAAAUCCUUCACAUUUUUUAUUUACAGAAAGGACAUACUUCCCAGAAAGUACGCACUUAGAUGUUUACUCAUUUCUGAGUUCACUUGGCAAGCUUUCCAUUCAAGACUUGUCCCAAAGUGUGGAUAAUAAAACUCUUACACACACAUACUUCUUAAAAUAUGGAAUAUAUUGCAAUAAAACAUCUAGAAAAGGGAGUACUUCCUUCACCACUCCAACUAUGAUGUGGCUAUUUCAGAUGUUGGGUAUUUUGUCAGCAGACAUCUCCAUAUGCAAACCAGCCAGUACAACAGAGCUUUCCAAACUUGUGUGUCGUGACACAAUAGUGCAUCAGCUGCAGUGUGCAAGCAUGUCACAUGAACCCUCCCCACAGGGCUAGAAAGGGGUUAGUUUCACCUCCGGUUUGCUAGUAAAAGUGAAUUACCAUUUCAUGAAAUUAUG